GGCGCGGCUCUCCUCCCCUCCGGGAGGGCGGGCAGGCCGGCCUGGGCUGCGCUCCUUCUCCGCCUCCUCCUCCUGCUCCUCCGCGGGGCUCGGCCGGCUGCGCUCCUCUCUGCUGACCCAGCGGCGGGAGCCUGGAGCCGGGCGCGCUCUCGGGGAGCGGCCGGGGGUCGCAGAUGGCGGCGGGGGACGUGGGCGAGCUGCUGGUGCCCUACAUGCCCACGAUCCGGGUGCCCAAGGCCGGCGACCGCGUCUACAAGACCGAGUGCUCCUUCUCCUACGACUCGCCCGUAAGUGAGGCUCCUCGCCCGGCAAGAAGGGGGUCCCUCCUGCUCUUCCUCCUCGCUUGCGCCCUCCGCCCCCCCAAGUCCCCACAUUAUUAUUAUUCCCCACCCAAAGCUCUCCACCAGUCCGCCCUCCCCACUUCUCGUAGGCUCCUCCGCCGCCCUCUUCUUCUUCCCCCCCUUCCCCACUUUUCAUAGGGUCCUCGGCCCACAGAGUAUUGGCAUCCCUCCUCGGCCCCCCCCCCAGCGCUGUUUAACCCUCAACCCCCUUCUUAGGGUACCCCGUUGGCUCCCGGUAGCCCAAGAGAAGAUGCCCCCAUUGCCUCUCCCACGCCCCUCUGUUCUACUUAGUAGGGCCCCCUCCCAUCACCCCAUAUCCCGUCUGUUUCCACUUAGGGUGCUUCUCCCCUUACCCCGUAUCCUUCUCUCCUACUUAAUAGUGUCCCCCCCCCACAAUAUCCCUCUCUUGUUCUACUUAGUAGGGUGCAUAGGAGCCAACUCCUAGGGGCUGAGGUCCCUUUGCCUCCCCCAAUAAAACAUUUGAAGGUACCCCACCCCAGUUGAUGGGCAUUGCCGUUCAAAUGUAUGUGUGUGUAGUGAUCGAUUAUGUGGGGCAGGGCUUGCCUGCCCCCCAAUAUUUUAUUCAAGUUGGCACCCCCGGUUCUGCUUAGUAGGGUGCCUGCCCCCCCUCAAUAUCCCUCUGGUCUUCCCCCAUUCCUCACAUCCUUCUGUUAGCGGGUCAGGUCUUCUAUUUUGUAGGGCCUGUAUUCCCAAGGAGCUGUAUGCUGCCUUCCGCCCCACCCCAUAGGGCCAUAGGUUUCCCCCCUUGACAAUUAGUUCCCCAAGUUUGGGUCUCUCGUUGCUGUCGACCCUCAAGCUUUUUCUCUUUGGUUCCUUUGUAUCUUCUCAUGAUGCUCCUAGGCCUGUUGCCCCAAUGUCUAACGCUCCACUGUUACUAUCUUGGUCUUUCCCGUGUGGGUCCAGAGGCGGAUUUAGCAGCGGCUACUUCAGCCUGACACCCCUUCAGUAUCUGGGUCAAUGGGUUACUCCCUCCAAGCCCUGUGCUUAUGCCUUUGUACUGUCCCUCAACCCCUCAUGGUCCCCAUUGCCCCUUAACAAACCUCCCGUUUUUCAUAGUUCCCACCUUGAAACUUGGGAGUUUGCAAACUCUGUCUCUCAGCAUCUACCUGGAUUCGUAGAGUGUCCUCUGUUAUAUUCAGGUUGCCGGUCUCUCACUUCCCAAUUCCACCUGUUUCCCCAGCCGCACCCCCAAUUUCCGGUGCCUAGGCUAGUUGAAUAGUGUCCCCCCCCCAUACAUUCCAUAAUUGGUACCGGUUGCAAUGUCUCCCCCACCUAUGGCAACUUAAAUAAUUCCUGCCUGUGGCUACAUAACCCAGAAUGCACCACUCUUUUGCUGCCAGUCUGGGCUCUCCUCCUUGACUGCAUAAUACCCCCCCUUCACCCCCAAUCCACUGUGCUCCUUACCUGCAAGCCUACCCCUUUAAUUCACCCUUAGGGAGCUCUCUCUUAAUAUUCUCCCCAAAACUGGAAAAAUAUUUUAGGUUUGACAACAAAAUAGAACCUCCAUCUUCAGUGGCAGCCGGAUACUGAAAACCAGGUGCUGGGGUUCAACUCUGUAUUAUUAUUGUUGUUACAUUCAUUGCCUGCUUUUCACCGGUAGGUCCCAGGGAAGUUGUAGCAGUUUUAAAAGUCAGAAUUAAAAAUAGUUAAAACAGAUCACAGCAAUAGGGUGGAUUGCCUCUUGUCUACUUCACACACUUGUAAUGGCUCAUUGUAACACUUGCUUGGUGGGCAGAAGGUUCCUGGCACCUCCAGAGCUGGAUAGGAAAGAACCAUGUCUGAAGGCUUGGUGCCAGUCAGUGCAAACAGCAAAGGUUUAGAUGGAAGGCAGUUUCUGUGCAGGAAAUAGCAUACAAAUCCAUAAUUGGGUUGUUUCAUGUGAUGACUGAACUUGUGUAUGUUUUGCUGUGUUAUGUUUUAGGAUGCACACAUGCACGAUUGCUUUCUGUGUUGGAAAUGUUGCAAUGUAUGAAAGAGUUCCAGGUAGCCCUUCUCCUUGGAAGAUAGAAAUUCGCCCCCGUUUCCCAGUGAUAAAGCUGCUUUCAUGCUGCCUGGAGCGCAGUGUUUGUAUGUCUACAUUUAGGAGCUGCUGGAUUUAGCAACAUAGACGUGUUUGUAUUUUGGGAGUGGGGCGGGGGAUGCAGCAACUGUGCAACUGCCAACUGGGAUUUCCUGAAGGCCCCCCCCCCCCCCCGUUUCAGCGCAUUGCAAAGUACAAGUGGCUUGGGAUAGUGAGGGCUGCAGGUGUAAAUUCUCCUUUUAAAAUUAGCUUGAACCAGACUUGCUUUUCCAGUGCAGCUGAAACUAAAGACCACGAAGUGGAUAUUGAGUAGGUUUACUUCUCCGGGAAAAAGUUUUCCAAAGUUCUUGGGUCUCCAAGUUUGGCGUUCUUAUUUUACUUUGCGAUACUGAUUUACAGCUAGUCUGUCACAGCUGAACAGAGGGCACGUUGCUGGCUGGUUUCAUAUGAACCUCGUGUUCUUCCUCCCUCAGGGAUUUUGAAAUAAUUGAUUAGACACAGAUACUUUUUCAUCCUCUGGGGUCUCUUGCUAGCCUUCUGGCCGGCCUUCUGUAACUUGGCAGAGCCUUCUGUACAGUGCUUACUUGCACACUUUUAUGGAGAAUGGCACAAUUCACAGGCCCAAUAUAAUUCUAAUUAAUAAACACACAGAUAGGCACACAGUGCUUAUGUUCCUUUUAAUUAAUCUGUGAUUAUGUUUAAUCACUCCCCUGGUUCCUAAUUUGCUUGUGUGUGUGUGUGUGUGUGUGCGUGCCUGUCUUAGUGUGGUAAACAGCAGUUUGCAGGGGUGAUAUAGCUCUGGGAAUUUGUUGAACCAGCUGCACCCCCUUCUUCAGUCCAAUUUGGAACAACAUGUUGUUAGCUGCUUUUAAAUAAAAAUUAAAAUGCCUAGAAAUUUGGCAGCAGAUUAUGUAUUAGAAGCUACAUAAAUACUUUGGAGUUGGGUGAAAUACCUUUUUUACCCUUUGUUAUUGUUCUGGAUUGCAUGUACAGUGGUAUCUUGGGUUACAUAUGCUUCAGGUUACAUACGCUUCAGGUUACACACUCCGCUAACCCAGAAAUAGUGCUUCAGGUUAAGAACUUUGCUUCAGGCUGAGAACAGAAAUUGCGCGGCGGUGGCGUGGCGGCAGCGGGAGGUUCCAUUAGCUAAAGUGGUGCUUCAGGUUAAGAACAGUUUCAGGUUAGGUACAGACUUCCGGAACGAAUUAAGUACUUAACCCGAGGUACCACUGUACAGAAUUCUGGUUAAAGGGUGUCCGCACUGAGUGAUCACAAGUUCAGGGUUCUAAUUUACCUGUCCGCAGAUAUUUGCCCAGCACUUUCUGUGGGGGUUUGAUUGUCCUUAUUCAGCACAUCCUUACAGGUCUUGAGCUUGCUGUGUCCCACGGCCUGUCUGCAUUGCAGCAGCAGACAACAGCAGGCCCAGCAUAAUCUGAAAGUGUUCUGUUGGCAUCUAAGUUGGGCAACACCUGUCACAAGAUUUCAGUGGCUCCAACAGGCACUGAACAGCGUAUAUGCAAAGUCUCUUAAGGUAAAAUGGCUAUUGCCUCAACCACAGCUUACAAGCACUUUUCAUAUGGAAAAAGUUUGUGGUCCAGUCCUCCAGGAAUGCACCACUUCAGACUACAGGAGGAGAAAAGCAGCUCAUUUUUAAUGCCUCUCUGUGUAAUGUAACGUCAGCUACGAUUGUUGUAGUUUUUGUUGUCUCUGAUACAUCUGAAUACGCUCUAAUACAGACGGUUUAAAAAUAGACAGUUACUUUCCUAUCUUGCAAUGCAUGCUUAUUCCUGCUCUACUAUUCCUAAACUGCGUUGGUGGCAGGGCUGUCUUAAGCAUAUGCAGCGCCGGGGUGCAAAGAUCCACCUGGUCCUCCCCCCCCCAGAUUGCCCAGUCCCAGGUGCGCAGGAGGGUGGAGUCGGCUGGCCGCCUCAGUGCCUCACUGGCUCGGUCGCCCCGAACUCGCAGCACAGAGCUGCUUGCAGCAGAAGAACCUGCUACGGCGCUCUGACCGACGGUUGGGCUCUUCCCCGGACUCAGCUCUCGGGCCCCAGACUCUUGGCCCGGCGCCGCUGAGAGCUCAGCUCCCGGGUGCCCCACACCCCUAGCGCCUAUGGGUAAGACGGCCCUGGUUGUUGGUUUGUGAAUAUUGGAGGAAAGGGCACGUGAAAUGAAAAUGGAGGAACUGUGGUCUCCCAAGCAUUGGGGAUAGAAGGCAGGUUUUGUCCAUUCUUCCUUUGCAGCUUGGUGUGUUACUUCCUCCUCCUUAGAAGCGAAAUUUCACAAUUCACUUAAUGGGAAUAGGGAAAAGGGUUCAUUCAGGGACAUCACUAGUGUGGAUUUAGGCCCAUUCCUUGCAAUUUGUGACAUCAGCUAUUAAGAAUUGAGCCUGGAUCCUGAUGAUCAGUCACUCUAGAGUGCAGCAAAGUUGGGAACUGGACAGGCUCCAUAGCCAAUCCCCCCCACCCCCAAUGCUCUAUCUGUGCUUGUGGGCUCCAGCAGGCAUGCUGCUGCUGGUGAUCUGAGCAUUUUAACUUCCUACAAUGCCCCUGGCAGAGUGUUGGCCCCAAGGCAGCCUCACUAAACAUAUUUGCUGGUUUGCUGGCUUCUCAGCAACUGCCCAAGGGCACUCCAUGCUGACUUAGGCUCUGAUUGGGCAAGGAAAUUAUACACACUCUCACACACCUGAAUGAACACAUGUGGAUACCCAUAAUUCCAUGUGAAUUUUGAAUGUUCCCCAAAAUAGACACAUUAUUUCCCUACUUUACUGGUUCAAAAUUGUCACUUCGCUGGUAUCUCCCUGAGUUCAUUUCGGACUGUCUGUGCCCACUUGCGCAUGUUGUCAGUCUCCAGAUUUUGUACAUUAUAAUUUAAUGGUUUGCACACAGUGGGUUUGUUUGUUUUUUGGGAUAAGAAAAUUAGGUGCCAGUAUGAGACUCAUCCAACUUUUUUAGGUGUUUGAUCGCCCUCUUUUUUCUAUUUUGUUUUGUGACAUUUUGAUCGAGAAUCUAUAUGGGAUUCAAAAGUGACUCAGCUGCCUGGUGCUUAUCAUCUCUCAGUGGAAAGCAGGUUCUUUUUAUAACCCACACACUUCAGAUCUCAAGUGUCGGCCCAGCAGCUCUCUGAGCAGAGACUCACACUGAUUAGGAAAGGCCAAAGAAAAUUCCAAAACAAUGUCAAGAUUUGCAUACUUAAGGUAGACCAGCUGGAGGAAGUUCCUGCCUUGCAAAAUGCUCAGGCUACCACUUUGCUAAGGCAACUUCCUCUUACCCGUUUCCAUUCUCUUAAAUGGGACAAAAAUGUGUCGUAGUCCAGUCCAUUUUGCUAGGCUGUGUAUUGGGGCUAUAUUUAUACAUAAGGAAAAUGUAUGCCCUUAUGAUGGAUGGCAGGUGUGGAUGGAGAGGCAGGGGUGCUGUGAUUUUAAUAUUCACUGUGCAUGACAUGCACUACACAGUGACUGUCAGAUCCCUUGGGGCAGAGGCUGGCACUGUGUGUUGGUGUUCUGUGUAGGUUUUGCUUCAACGACAACGCUAGUCCCUUUAGGUGGACAGGAAACAGCUUAAUUUUUUAACACCAGCAAGUGAAUAGCCAGUAGUAAAGUUAGGCGCUUGGGGACAUCCUUUGAGAUAGAACCUUGCCUGAUUCCAAGGUGACCUUAAGAAAGCUGGAGGGGCCAGCUAGGUGGAGAUGUCAGUCGCUAACUAGGCAUCCAGAGAUCUCCACAUGGUCGCACUUGAACUCGCGCCGGUCGCAAAAGGCACCAGGCACCUGGGUAAUUUCUAACACCGCAUGUAAGCCCAUAUUUUAGGUGCCAUGUGCAAGACAAAGCCUGGAGAUACUGUAAACAUGGAGUGGAUAAAUGUACAACUCUAUCUUAACAAGUUACAUGUACAGUAAACGUUAUACAGACUGGAUAAAUGAACCGUUCAACAAGUAACGUCAGUCCAAUCAUGGAAUGGCAACCCCUUGCCACCACAACGGCAAGGGUAGCACACAGGAGAAUAUGAAAAAGUUUUUCAAAGCUGUUUUUCAAAGAUUGAACUGGGUGAGAUGUUCUUCAAUGGGUCUUGAGUUGGAAACACAAAGCCGUGUACAUGGAUCAGUCACGGGAAGGCAAAUCAAAGCCACCACCCUGGUGAGAAUAACACAAGCGGGCAAAAGGAGACCUGUUCUCCGGAUAUAUUACAGGUUUCGCUACACGCUUCAUCAGUCCGAAAAGCUGCAUGAUACAAAACAGGACUCGAGUUACAAUGCGUGGUAAACCAUAAAAAUUAGAAAAUAUCAGUCUCAUACUAUACCUUACCCAAUCAUACAAAACGGUUUGCUCAGGAUAAAGAAGGUAUUCACAGGCACAGCUAGUGUUCAGAUUCAUAACAAGCAGUUAAAUACAGUACAGGUGUAUAGAAUUAAUCAUCACAUGAUUACAUGGUUAAAGGUGCAGCAUCACUUUUCUGUUACAACCAAACAACAGUAUACAUAUUAACUCAUACAUAGCAUCCCAGAUGGAAUUCAGUAUUCAAACCCUUUGGAUAUAAGGUUCCUGUUCAGUCAAUUUAUUAGAUUGAAAAGAAAUUCUUCUCCUGAAUCCGAAUUUUUUUAAAUUUAAAUUUUUUUAAAUGUUGCAUCUCUUUCCUCUUCAUUAAGAGAUGGAGGCUAUUCACAGACUAUAAUUCAAACAGCCCUUGAUAGGGCUAAAAUAAUUUCCAGACAGGGUUUGUUGGUAUCGAAACCCAAGAAUGAACAGAACAGGAUUUUCAGUUCUAUAGAGUAUAAUUGUUUAUCCUCCUCUAUUGCAAGAGUUACUAAACAGCAUUGGCAUAUCAUCUCCCACAAUCCAGGUUGUGAAAAUUUACCAAUUUUAGGCAAAAGGCUGACUAGAUCAUUUAGGGACGUUCUUACCCGCACUGAUUUAUUGGAAUAUCAUAGUGAGGAUCCUCGUAUGGACUACUGCAAUGGGCUCUGUGUGGGGCUACCUUUGAAGGUGACUCGUAUUGUCCAGUCGUAUUGUCCUUUCGUAAGGUUCCAUGUGCUGGGUAUAUAAUUCAAGAGGAUAUCUUGCUCUGUAAAUGUAAGGUUGUUCCGUAAAGUUCUGUUGAUAGUUUCAGUUACCUUCUGCCAAAAAUCUUUCAAUAUAGGACAAUGUAAAAAACCCAUACGUUUUAGAGAAGCAUUAUCCCUAUUGCAUCUCCAACAGUUAGAUACCUCAUUCUUAACACUAGAACUCGAGGAAGCUCCAAUGAAGCUGAAUAUUAGGAGAAUUAGGAAAGGCAAAGGAAAAUACUUAUUCAUGCGACACAUGGUUAAUCUAUGGAACUCAAUCCCACAAGAGGCUACCAAUGACCACGAGCCAUGACGACUCUGUUCUUCCUCCAAAGCCGCUUGCUGGAAACUGCAGAAUGAUGAUAAUAAUGAUAAUAAUGAUAAUAAUAAUAAUAAUAAUAAUAAUAAUAUAUUAUUUAUACCCUGCCCACCUGGCUGAGUUUCCCCAGCCACUCUGGGCGGCUCCCAAUCAAGUGUUAAAAACAGUACAGCAUUAAAUAUUAAAAACUUCCCUGAACGGGGCUGCCUUCAGAUGUCUUUUGAAGAUAGGAUAGCUGCUUAUUUCCUUCACAUCUGAAGGGAGGGUGUUCCACAGGGCGGGUGCCACUACUAAGAAGGCCCUCUGCCUGGUUCCCUGUAACCUCACUUCUCGCAAUGAGGGAACCGCCAGAAGGCCCUCGGUGCUGGAUCUCAGUGUCCGGGCUGAACGAUGGGGGUGGAGACGCUCCUUCAGGUAUACAGGACCGAGGUGGUUUAGGGCUUUAAAGGUCAGCACCAACACUUUGAAUUGUGCUCGGAAACGUACUGGGAGCCAAUGCAGAUCUCUCAGGACUGGUGUUAUGUGGUCCCGGCGGCCGCUCCCAGUCACCAGUCUAGCUGCCGCAUUCUGGAUUAAUUGCAGUUUCCGGGUCACCUUCAAAGGUAGCCCCACAUAGAGCGCGUUGCAGUAGUCCAAGCAGGAGAUAACCAGAGCAUGCACCACUCUGGCGAGACAGUCCACGGGCAGGUAGGGUCUUAGCCUGCGUACCAGGUGGAGCUGGUACAGAAGGGGAGAGUGCUGUUAUGCUCUGGUCGUACGUGCAUGUUUCCGAUAGGCCUCUGGUGGGCCACUGUGAGAACACUUCUUUGGACUAGGCAGGCCUUUGGUCUAAUCCAGUAGGGGCUCCUACCUUCAUGCCGAAGGAUGCAAUCAGGUUUCUUUCAUGAUGUAACCACUCACUCUCUCUCUUUUUCUCUUCAGGAUUCCGAAGGAGGCCUCUACGUGUGCAUGAACACCUUCCUGGGAUUCGGAAGAGAACAUGUGGAAAGGCACUACCGGAAGACGGGUCAGUGUGUGUACAUGCAUUUGAAGCGGCACAUGAAAGAGGUAGGUGCUGUUGGGGCCAACACAUCUGAAGGCUCCGUUGAAAGUUAUUUCCUUCUAUUUGAGAAUUAAAACAGCUAGCCUGAAAAUAAUAAUUGAAGAUUGGUAUUAGGGCUUGUGCUUUGUAGUUCAGGCAGGCAUAUUUGGAGACUACCAGCUGUAGACAGUACCUUGUGUAAGCAAUGCGCGUACGCAAUUGGUUUGCUGAGAAGCUUUUGGCGGCUUUUGCAUAAUGGCCCAAUGGGCGUUGGUUGUUGAGAACCCUCCUGGGUCAGAAAAGAAAUCUGUCUUAGUGCAACAUUCUGUUUCUCCCAACCAGAUCCUUGCAGGAAGUCCCACAAGCAGAACACGAGGGCUGUAGUCCCUACCCUCUCAGUGGCAGUGCCGGAUUUAUGUAUAAGCUAAACAAACUAUAGCUUAGGGCCCCACUCUCUUGGGGCCCUCCCAAAAAUUUAAAGGACAAAAAACUUGAUGUACAUUUCCAAAAUAUAAGAGAAGUUCAACAAUUACUUUGAUAACAUAUGUAUUUUGUUAUGUGCAAAUGGUUUUGGAUACCUAUUAGGUCCAUAAAUUACCAUAUACAGUGGAACCUUGGGUUGCAAUCAUUUGAAACCCACAGCGUUCGCAACCCGCAGCGCCGCGUCUGCGCACGCACUGGUUGCGAUUCGGCGCUUCUGCGCAUGCGCAAAGCACAAUUUAUUUUCUCUGCGCAUGUGCGAGCGCUGAAACCCGGAAGUAACCUGUUCCAGUACUUCCGGGUUUGGCACGGUGCGCAACCCGAAAACACGUAACCUGAAGUGUCUGUAACCCGAGGUACCACUGUAGCAAGUAUUCAACGCAAAAAACAGUGACAAUUUGUUGUUGACAAAGGACAGCUGGAUACAGUGGUACCUGGGGUUACAUACGCUUCAGGUUACAUACGCUUCAGGUUACAGACUCUGCUAGCCCAGAAAUAGUGCUUCAGGUUAAGAACUUUGCUUCAGGAUAAGAACAGAAAUCAGGCUCCAGUGGCGUGGCAGUAGCAGGAGGCCCCAUUAGCUAAAGUGGUGCUUCAGGUUAAGAACAGUUUCAGGUUAAGAACGGACCUCCGGAACGAAUUAAGUACUUAACCUGAGAUACCACUGUAUAUAAAGGGCCCCAUUACCUUCCGUAGCUUAGGGCCUCAUCAAACCUAAAUCCGGCCCUGGUGGUGAUGCUGGUAUCUAAAGCUGGUUGCUGGGAGUCGUAUUCCAAUAACAUACGGAGGGCUACAGGUUCCCCAUCCCCGCUUGCGUAAGUUGUGAGGUUGAAUGCCCCUGAUAAUGUAAAGGACUACGUGGGGUGGUUACGGGGAAGGCUAUGCUAAGUUCACUGUGGCAUAUUUAUCUUUAGUAGUUCAGCUGAUGGGGCAAAGCGCCCUUGCAAAGCGCCGUUGAGAACCUUUUCGGGUUGCCAUGAAGUCUUCUACUUGUCCUCUCAUCUGUUUCCCGUUGCUGAGUUUUAAUUGCCCCUGCACAUCCUUACCCCUUACGACUGCUGCAUACCAAUCAUAAAAAUUGCUUCUGUUGUUACAGCAACACUGUUUUGAGUCCACUUCCAGGUUCUUUUUUUAAGAACUGGUGACUUUUAGUUGAAAAGACCAAGUAUCACUUUAACGGCAGGAGGAAGAGAAUAUAUCUUCAUGCACUGUGCUUGGUCUCCUCUAGAGAAACAGUUUGCUGCCCUGCUUCUUCCAGAAACAGUGCACUCUCAGGGCAGCAGCUAUAGCACUGUAUUUUUAUUUAUUUUUUAACAUGGAGCAGUGCUAUGGGUGCUGCCAAUCCUAAUUUUUAAAAGGCUUGUUCUGGUAUGCAUGGGGAGGCGGGGAAGUAGUUUGGGAGGGAAAUCGUAGUAACGCUGUAGAGCGCAUAAUGAGGGUUGGGCAACAACUGGUCUCGUGGAUAAAUAUUUACGGUGCUGCUUUAGUGUUUGGCACUGACCUCCCAGUGAAAUCUUUCCAGCAGGUUGAAGGUUUGCACUGAAGACAUGUACCAGUAAGUUUGGCUUCAAAGACUGUUUACAUGUCAACAAGACAUGUAACCUCUUCAGCCCUCCCUGGUAAUGGAGGCUAACAUAGCCGCUGUCCCAGCAAUGAUAGGUCAAAGUUGGUUACCCUGUUAUGAUUGCCCGUGUAUUCUUCUGCUGCCCAGUUGACCACGUAAACACAGCUGUUUGCACUCUGUACCAGGGCGGUUCCACCUCUGAACCUCCCCACUAACCCCUCACAAUAAAUACGAUAAUAUAUGGAUUUAUUGGAGGUAUCCAAGUUGUGUCUCUAAACCCCCCCUCUUCAAAUAUGCUUACUCUUGGUUUCACGAGCCAUGGUUGCAGUCUGUCCAAACAGGCCUUGAAAUGAAGAUACUUGCGUGGAAUAACAGGUGUAUUUUUUAAAUUUGCAGACUGUUUUGUGAUUAGACCAUCACCCGCUUGAAUUGACUUUAAAAAUACCUGAAUCGGCUGUCAACUUUGCUCUGCGGGAUGGCUCAGUCGGUAGAACAAGAGACACUUAAUCUUAGGGUUGUGGGUUCGAGUUCCACGUUGGAGAUUUAUGCAUUGAAAGGGGGUUGGACUAGAUGACCCUUGUGGUCCCAUUCCAACUCUACAAUUCUUUCUUAGGAGAAUGAGGCUAUCCAUCUCUCUGCCUCGCUAAACUGUUGCUGGGAUUUCAGUUUUCAUUACUAUGAAUUUUUUUAACUUGAGAUGUUGCAUACGCCUGGACUUCCAGAUAUUGAUCUCUGCGGCCUUUUGCCCUGCGCUCUUUGCCUUAUUCUCUGGACCCAGCAUAUCGCCUUUUGUAUGAAGAACACCGGCUUAUGUGUUCAGUUAUCCUUUGGUGAUAACACCAACUGAACCUGCAUCAGUCUUUGAGAGCUGUCUCACACUUUACAGAAAAUGAUGCACCCCUAGAUCUGUUCUGCAAUCUUUGAAGAGGAACCACCUUUAAGCGAAGGGGCAGAAAACAAUUGCCUGGGAGUGGAGACUGAUAGAGACUUUUGAGCAAGUUUCCAACUUGUUUGUUUACAUGCAUCCUAGACUAUGCAUCCAUAGUCACUUCGACUAUGGGAGAGGGCAGUGGCGUAGCGUGGGUUGUCAGCACCCGGGGCAAGGCAAGUAAUUUGCGCCCCCUAACCCGUGGAUUUUAGCAGGGGGCAGAGAGCUGCGAGUGCGAGUGGCCCCCCCCAGAUGUUGCGCCCGGUGCGGCCGGCCCCCCCUGCACCCCUCACGCUACGCCACUGGGAGAGGGAAAAAUGUGAUUGGCGCAGAAGCCCCUGCUCAUGUGUUCAGGGUGAAAGUGUGUGGACUUGAAGUGAGAAGGGCUGUCUGUGGCUUGGGGAUCAAUGUUAGAGCACCCGCUUUGCACCCAAAAGGUAAAGGUAGCCCUGCCUGUACGGGCCAGUCUUGACAGACUCUAGGGUUGUGCGCUCAUCUCACUCUAGAGGCCGGGAGCCAGCACUGUCCGCAGACACUUCCGGGUCACGUGGCCAGCGUGACAUGCUGCAUCUGGCAAGCCAGUGCUACACACGGAAACGCGGUUUACCUUCCCGCUGGUAAGCGGUCCCUAUUUAUCUACUUGCACCCGGGGGUGCUUUCGAACUGCUAGGUUGGCAGGCGCUGGGACCGAGCGACGGGAGCGCACCCCGCCGCGGGGAUUCGAACCGCCGACCAUGCGAUCGGCAAGUCCUAAGUGCUGAGGUUUUACCCACAGCGCCACCCGCGUCCCAAACUUGCACCCAAAAAGCCUCAGUUUAUUCACAUGAAAUGGAGAAGCACCUAACUGUGUUCAUCUUAAGUCCACAUGCAUUUAACCAAACACAUGAAUUUAUGUUUGCUUGCAACGUGUCAAGCAGCUCUCAUUUGUUUUACAUGUUCAAGAGGAAAACUGAAAGUUGAAGGAGAGUCAGCGAUAGAUGAGGGCCCUACCCCUUUUAUCCUGGGAUAAAUAGCAAGGAUGUUAUCUCUAGGAAUAAGGUAAAGGGUAAAGGGACCCCUGACCAUUAGGUCCAGUCGUGGAGAACUCUGGGGUUGCGGUGCUCAUCUCGCUUUACUGGCCGAGGGAGCCAGCGUACAGCUGGUCAUGUGGCCAGCAUGACUAAGCCGCUUCUGGCGAACCAGAGCAGUGCACGGAAACGCCAUUUACCAUAUUUUUUGCUCUAUAGGACUCACUUUUUCCCCUCCAAAAAUUAAGGGGAAAUGUGUGUGCGUCCUACAGAGCGAAUGCAGGCUGCACGGCUAAGCCCAAAGCCAGAACAGGGAGACGGAGCGCUGCGCAGCGCUCCGUCUCGCUGUUCUAGCUUGUGGAUGGCUGUGCAAAGCCUCCGCAGGGCAGCGGGGUGCCUUCACCCCGCUGCCCUGCAGAGGCUACAAAGGCUGUGCCCAAAGCCUCAAGCCUUUGGAGUGCAGCAGGAACUCGCGCUGCGCUCCGAAGUCUUUGGGUCAGCGAAAGGAACCCAAAGCCUUUGGAGCGCAGCGCGAGGUCCCACUGCGCUCCAAAGGCUUCAGGGAUCUUUGAGGCUGGCGAUCUUUGAGCCUUUGCGCUGUUCCCCGACCUGCUCUUUGGGGCUGGCGGUGGGGGAAAGCAGCGCUUCACUGAAGCCUGGAGAGCGAGAGGGGUCAGUGCACACCGACCCCUCUCGCUCUCCAGGCUUCCAAGGUAGCCACCUGAAGCCUCCAGAGUGCAGCGGUAACUCCCGCUGCGCGCCGGAGGCUUUGGGUGAAUGCACCUUGAACGGGCCUUGUUUUAGAGGGGGAGAACAUGAAAAAAAUUUUUUUCCUGCUAUCCUCCUCCUAUGGUCCGGUGCGUCCUAUAGAGCGAAAAAUACGGUACCUUCCCGCCAGAGCAGUACCUAUUUAUCUACUUGCACUUUGACGUGCUUUUGAACUGCUAGGUUGGCAGGAGCAGGGACCGAGCAACGGGAGCUCACCCUGUCGCGGGGAUUCGAACCGCCGACCUUCUGAUUGGCAAAUCCUAGGCUCUGUGGUUUAAUCCACAGCGUCACCCGCAUCCCUAUCUCUAGGAAUAGUGUUCCAUUAAAAACACACACAAAAACCUAAUGAUCUGGGAAUUACACACUGAAGGUGUGUGCAAGAAUUCACUGCUUCAAGUAGCUGUCUCAGGAUAGCAACAUAACCUCAGUACAGAGCCUCCAUUUUUCUGGAUAUGUUUUUGCACUUUGGCAGAAUUUUCCCUCCUCUCUUUCGCCCCCCCCUUUUUUUAACAAUGAGUAGUGUGAUAGCUGACAGAUGUAGCAAUGGAAUGGUUGAAGAAGCAGUACGUAAGAUUUGGUUGUUAUAAGAACUUGGAACAUCUUCAUUGCUAAGCAUGAUAGACUUUGGGUUUUGGGGUCGAGGGUUUUUUAUUUGCUUUCUAUUUAUUUUUGGGAUGGCCUUCUUUCGAAAACCUGCCAGUUGCCAUAAUGUCCAUCGAAAAAUUGGUUUAGACUCCAAUCCUUUUGAGCUUUUGGAAGGAUUUAAAUGAAAAUGCUUGCAUUUUGGGUAACAGAGAAUGAGAUGCAAUACUCAACCCAAUAGAUCGAGGGUUUGGCACCCAUGUCUUAUGCAUCUAGGGAUGUGACGUUGGCCAUACCAAUACUACAAAUAUAUAUCUGUUUCCUACCAGUGUGUCUGUCUUGGCUUCCUCCAAAUCAUCCCAUUGACUUCAAUUUGGUGAGUGUUCAGUGUUCUGUGUUACAGACCCAGACCCUCCCUUUCCAGGGACAGUCCUGGAUUUGCAGAAGCCCUCCUGGUUUCUGGUUUGACCCUGGAAUGACCCGAUUUUCCUUAAGACAUCCCUGUUUUAAUUGGAGAAAUGUUGGAGGGUAUGGCGUUAUGUGACCUCCAAGUCAAUGAGAUAAGUAACUAUGCAAUCUUUUUAGAAGACAUUUGAAGACAGCCUUGUAUAGGGAGGUUUCUUAAUGUUUAAUGUUUCAUUGUAUUUUUAUAUAUGUUGGAAGCCACUCAGAGUGGCUGCGGCAACCCAGUCCGGUGGGCAGGGUGGUAUUAUUAUUAUUAUUAUUAUUAUUAAUUGAAUAGGGAGGGCAUGCAGACCCUUAGUUCCCCUAGAACAGCGGUUCUCAACCUGUGGGUCCCCAGAUGUUGUUGGACUACAACUCCCAUCAGCCCUGAGCUCUGGCCUUGCUAGCUAGGGGUGAUGGGAGUUGUAGUUCAGCAACAUCUGGGGACGCACAGGUUGAGAAAGGCUGCCCUAGAAGUACAGUUACCAUGAUUUCAUGGUGAAAGGAAAUUGCUGUUAACCCAGGUUAAUGUGCUGUGUGACUUCCUCAGAAUGAAUCUUGGAGGCAGAGCUUUGAUCAACAACUCAAGGUGCUAAUUGUCGACUAGGGUGCUUGAAGGCAAAGGAGAAAAGAGCUCAGGUACCCUUUAAACAGGUGCAUAGGAGAAAGAGUGUUAGCAGGUGUUGCUUGACAGGCAAGGAUAAGAGGAAUUGCAGCUGCUGAAAUCCCCUCUUCUUAACUAUCUGUUAAAGCCUGAUAGAAAAUAAAUACCCUUGGCUGCACUGUCAGCUAUGAUUGAUGAUGAUUAACACUUUAGAUUUCCCUUCACAACAACAUUGCAAAGUGGGAAAGGAUUCACUGCCAUGCAGAUUUUGCACUAGACUGAUUUGAUUCCAGUUUCCUAUUUUACUUUUCUGAGUAUUUUAUUUUUCUUGUAGUGACGUGAGUUAGACUUUUAACCUUUCUUCUUCUUUUUCUCUCCAUCUCCUUUUUCUCUCUCUCUUUCUUUCCAGAAAGUAACAGGGGCAUCUGGUGGAGCUUUACCAAAAAGGAGAAACACCAAGCUAUUUUUAGGUAUUGUAAAGAGCCGUUUUCAAACCUUGUUCUGAGUAACUAACACAGGUGCAUGUUUGAGGUGGGUUUUUUGUUUUUGUUUUGAGUUCCAGUGGCUUUUGUGUAUUGUUCUUUUUCACAGAUCAAACAUACAUUAUUCUGAUGAUAAGGGGGGCAUUUUUAAAAUCACUUUUUUUUUAAAAAAAGUUCUCGUUAUAAGCUUGCAACCCAUGGAGACUGCUUUGAAAAAAAAUAUCUUUUCAAUGCUGUUUCUCCUGCUUUCUUUCUGCACCCAUCUGUGUCCUAAUAACCCUUUGCAUGUGUUAAUAAAUUAAACCUUGAAAAGAAAUUGAACGGUGGAGACAGUGUUAGGCCCCAAGGUCAGGGAAGAAGUUUGAAAUUGAAUUCCUGACUCCAGAGUUGCCCUUGCUUGUUUGGCCACAAGGCUUUUGUUCUCUCAUAAGAUGGACUGAGUUAGCGAGUUCAAUUGGUUUUCAGUAAAAAGGCUUGCUUUUUUUGUUAGAAAUCUAUUGCUUCUUGCUUGGGGUGGAAGUCUGAAUCUGAUUUGUGUGUGCAUUCGUUUGGCUAAAAUCAAUUGGACUUGCGCACGUGUAAGUGUACACAUUUGUAUAUAUGUGAAUGUGUUCGCAUAGCAGCUCAUGUGAUAUGUAUGUGAGACUUGCGACUCUUUUUUUUCGGUCUGAGCUCCUCAGCCUUUUAAGAAGUACAGAUCUGAAGGGAUGAGGGGGAACCGUGAGGAAACAAGUUAGUUGGGGGUCCCACUCACCUUGAGACUGUGUUUAGGCAAAGGUACUUUAGAAGCCAAAAGACUGGGAGCCAGCUGUAGACUUUAAUUUGAAAUUGAGUCAUUUUUGUUUGGUUUACAGGUCUUAGGUCCUUUAAAAUACAACUCGACCGGUUCAGUAAACACACAUAGUGCCGGGAGGAAGGUAGGGGGGCUGUUAAUGAAAAAGACGAGCCCUAUCCUUUAGCAGUUUGAAAGCACGUCAAAGUGCAAGUAGAUAAAUAGGUGGGAAGGUAAACGGCGUUUCCGUGCGCUGCUCUGGUUCGCCAGAAGCGGCUUAGUCAUGCUGGCCACUUGACCUGGAAGCUGUACGCCGGCUCCCUCGGCAUGUAAAGCGAGAUGAGCGCCGCAACCCCAGAGUCGGUCACGACUAGACCUAAUGGUCAGGGGUCCCUUUACCUUUAUCCUUUGACUCCACCUCAAUUUUAGCCAAAUUGUGUCUCCUCCAGGCGCAAAGAUUCAGGAAAAGGUGGCACCAGCUAAGUAGUUUUAAGCAUGGGUUAGAAAAAUAGUUCAGUGUGCAUGGUUUUGCUGCUGCUGCUGCUGCUUCUGUUUGGCCAAUGUUAUCCCCUUUCCUGAACUAGUAAGUCAUAUUUGCAUUUUGGUGUUGUGAAACUGAUCCCCAGCGGUUGAUUCAAAACUAGCUCUGCGAUGUGUAUUGUGAUAAGUAUUAGGGGGAGCUCAGCGAUACCUUUUUUUUGGUUUGUGUGCAUUUUGAAUAAGACCUUGCUCUGUGUUUUCAUUUAUUUACUGCUUUUUCGGUCUUACAAGAAAAUGUCUUAAGGCGGCUUUCAAAUGAACUAGAAUGAAACAGCCAGAUUUUAAUUUAUUUAAUCAUGAUUUACAAAUAUAAUGAAUAAAUAUAAAUGGGUUCAAAUAAGCCCCCUCCCCCCCUUCCAAUGCCCCUUGCUCCCAGAAUGAAGCCUCCCCUGUUAUUAGGAUUCAGGUUUUGGUUGAGAAGGGGGCCUGUGGUUGCCUAGCAACUGCAGCUCAGCUUACUGCUUCCCUAGAGCUGUCAAAAUGGCUGACUGAGGCUGAAUGCGGCCUGGCGGUCAGCGGCAUGGUCAAGGACAGGCUAGCAGCUUCUGGGAAUGCCUGGCAAGCUGUCAGUUUGGCACAGCCUUUAGGGUUACCACUAGGGACAAAUUCCUUAUUAGUCCUAUGGGUAAACUGGCUUUAACUCAACGAAUAUGUCCUUCUCCCAACUGUUGUUCAUGAAGCUCUCUCCUCCUUCUCUUAUUUGCAUUUUCUUUAAAUAGAUGAUUCCAAAUGGCUUGACUUCUUUUGUUGUUGUUGAUGACGGCGACUCUGUUUUAGUGUAGAGAAGGUGACUCAUUAGGACCACAAUGUACUACUGGCUCUGCUUUAUUGUUUCUGACCAGUUGGACGUCUUCUCCUUUCCAGUUUUUUUUGUGUGUGUGUGCAAGUUCCACAGAGAAAAAUAACAGAGGCACAAGUAGCUGUUCAGAUUUCUGUGUUGUCCAUAUUGGAGGGGUUAACCCCCCACCCAAAAAAACCCUUUUCCCCUGGCUUAAUCUGAACAAUAGCUUAGUACCUCAUCUGAGAAACUUAGAUAUGUGGAAUGUGACUCUUAGCACAACUGAACAGUAGCCUAAAUCAUCCUCUGUCCUGCCUUUUUGAUGCCACCUCCUUUCAUAUUUUUUUUCCAGCAUUCAGAGUAGGUUUUUUUUUUUUGGAAAAUCAGGAUUGAGGAUCAGGGAAAAGAAACCCUGCGAGCCAAAUUAAUGCAGCUGAAACUUUAUAAAAUGAAUUCUCUGCCAGCGUGGUGUAGUGGUUAAGAGCGGUAGUCACGUAAUCUUGGGAACCGGGUUCGCGUCUCCGCUCCUCCACAUGCAGCUGCUGGGUGACCUUGGGCCAGUCACACUUCUCUGAAGUCUCUCAGCCCCACUCACCUCACAGAGUGUUUGUUGUGGGGGAGGAAGGGAAAGGAGAUGGUUAGCUGCUUUGAGACUCCUGAAGGGGAGUGAAAGGCGGGAUAUCAAAUCCAAACUCUUCUUCUUCUUCUUCUCCCACACCACCACAAUUUAUUUUUUGGGGAAAUCUAUUCUUUUCCAGUUCAUCAACUAGCCCAAUUGUGAGUACAGAUGAGAUUCCCGCUGCACCAACAUGAGCAUCAUAAUUGUGCAACCGACAUUUUUAGCUUAGAGAAACGUUUGCGUCUACCUGUGUUUUUCUGCUGCCACAGAGUGACAGCUAAGUGAUGUCUAAUUGACAGAAAUGGGAUAGCCUCUGUUAUAUAGGGUGGCUUUUGUGGGGGUGUGAACAUUCAACCUACUACCCAACUCAUUUAGCACUUAAGCCCGUAAAUAGAGAUGCUACUCUCUGGAACUGGGAAGAGUGCUGAAUAUUGGUGAUUUAAAGUACCCCUGAAUAAGUAGCAUAGCAUGGGGGGGGGGAGAGAGGAUGCUUUACUUGUGUCAAAAAUGCAGUGGUUUUCAGGGGUGCUUGAAAUCCCCCCCAACUUGGAAAAAGCAGUAGAUUAAUCUAAGAAGGGCAGGCAGACUGGUAGUCUACCAUUGCAGUUGGCAAAGAUGACACCUAGGAAAGUGGUCUUGCCUUGUUUAUAAUUUUAUGUAUCCCUGAUGACGUAUCAAAAUGAUGUGUGAACAGAGCCCCAGUUGACCGCAGGUUAUUGCAAGAAAGUUUCUGGUUAAGUGAAUGGAUAAGAUGUUGAAGGUUGUUGUUGUUUAGUCGUUUAGUCGUGUCCGACUCUUCGUGACCGCAUGGACCAGAGCAUGCCAGGCACUCCUGUCUUCCACUGCCUCCCGCAGUUUGGUCAGACUCAUGUUUGUAGCUUCGAGAGCACUGUUCAACCAUCUCGUCCUCUGUCGUCCCCUUCUUCUUGUGCCCUCAACCUUUCCCAGCAUCAGGGUCUUUUCCAGGGAGUCUUCUCUUCUCAUGAGGUGGCCAAAGUCUUGGAGCCUCAGCUUCACGAUCUGUCCUUCCAGUGAGCACUCAGGGCUGAUUUCCUUGAGAAUGGAUCGGUUUGAUCUUCUUGCAGUCCAUGGGACUCUCAAGAGUCUCCUCCACCACCAUAAUUCAAAAGCAUCAAUUCUUCAGCGAUCAGCCUUCUAUAUGGUCCAGCUCUCACUUCCAUAAUUCACGAAUGUUGAAGGUACUGAUGAACAAUUGAGUUAUCCAGUCUGACAGGGGCUGUGUAAUAAAAUUUGAUUGAAUAAAAAUAUGUAAUGGUUUAAGUGACCUGCUUUUUAUUAAAUGGGGGAGCUGUGGUAGAGAGGCAGUAGCAAUUUUGAACUUCUGAAUCCCCACCUAGUGAGCUGUAUUAUUAUCUUGAAGAUUUUUCCUACAGCUGGUUGAUGGUUUGCUCAGGUGCACAAGCGCCAACACUUUCUAUCCCUAUUUCAAAUGUGAGUCUAACCUGGAAUUGAAAAAGUGUUGUCUUAUAUAUGCGCAUCUUCAAUUUGCCUGAACCAUUUCCAACAUGAACAAAUAAGACAGUUGGGGACUAGUUAUUUCACUUAGCUGGGGUUGAUGCCUAUGACCAGUGCUCCCCCCCCCUAAAAAUAAUGUUUAGGGGUAUGAAUACCCCUGCGUCCUCCCAGAAAAAAAGCAUUGCUUAUGACUGUUUUGCAGGCUUGGAAAAGUUCCCAACGUUGCAAAAAUAGCAACGAGGAAGAGAAAAUAAAACUAAUCACAACGUGUGAGUAAAACAGAAAGGAACUGACUAGCACAGAAAGCAGUAUGCGAUUAGAUUCAGCCUUACUUAAUCCCGCAUCAAAAGGUACCCGCAAAUGUAGCCUGCCAAUCCAGUUUGAACAUUUGUUGCAUUCUUGCUUGUAAUGCUCUUUGAGGUAGAAGCCUAUUAAGGACAUUAAAUUCCCUCCAAUCCCUUCUGUAUUAGAAGUAUCCUUAAUUGAUCGCCUUAUGCAAAUUUGCAAGCAAGCAAUCGCAAAGACAGAGCGGAAAAGAAGGUGAGGUUUCUUUUUCAAAUAUUCCAUAUGCAGUGGCUCCCAUUUCUUGCCUACUGCCUGUGUUUGUGGAGAGGGCUUCAGUCAUGGUACACCACCACAUACGGUGUUCCUCAGGCAUUUGCAGUGCUGGUCUAAAAAUUGAAACCUCUGCAUCAUGGUGCGUGAUCCUAGCUGUCUAUCCAGGGGCUGGGAGCUAAUAUGUGCAGGCAUUUCCUAUGGCUGACAUUGUAGUGUCAGUUAAUCUCAGCCAAGCCUUAACUUGGCCAUAGAUUCACUGCAAAGCCUCAUUCCCCCCAUCUGUGAAAUGGAAAGAGUGAUGCCGUGUCUCACUUAUAGGGUUGCUUUCAGCGUGAAUGAAGUAAAACCUAUCUGAAUUGCUGCACUUUUGAAAAGAUGCAGUGGUCAGUUGUUGGUUGGGACACUAUUUCAUUUGGCUUGGGAUACCCCCACCCCCCCGUUUCUAUUUCAUUUUGAGUCUUUAAAGGUGCAUGCUGUUGCAUGAGCGUCUCGCCAUAAAAUUAGGCUUCAGGGCCCUGGCUAAAGUGACCCAUUCCAAAGUUAACAGCAUAGCAGAUUCUGGUAAGAUGCAUCAUAAACCCUAAAUUGCCCUGCAAGCUUGUUUUUCCAAGCAGGCAGGUAAUGGUUCCCAGAGUGCAUAUAUUAUUCAUGGUCAGUUUUUAUAAGCUUGAUUUGCUGCAAAUAGAACUUUCUUCCCCUGAAUUCUGACCAAGCAGGCAGAUUCCAUUUUCUCAAACACCCAAUUUUGCUGAUUAACAGUGGUGUUAACUAUAAUUUACAGUGGUACCCAUUGUGGGGCCUCCCCCUGCCCUGAUGCUGUUGAACUUCCACCAGCCUCAGUCAGUAUGUCCAGUGAUUGGGGAACAUGAGUUUGACAUAUAUUUAACGUUUAGUUUUAUCAGUAUCCUUUAAUGAAUAUUGUAUUUUCCUUGUAAACUGCUUAGAGGUUCUACUACAAUCAAGCAGUACUGUAUAUAAGUUUUGUUAAAUAAAAUAAAUCAAGGCGUUGCUUUGUGUAAACCACUUUGAAUCUUUUGGUGAAUUAAGUGGUAUAUGAAUUUUGCUAAAUUAAAAAAAAUAUCCAAGAACAUCUGGAUGACACCAUGUUGGCUACCCAAUAAUAAUUCUUUCAAUAAUCCUGUAUGGCAGACCAGAAUUGUCUUUGAUUUGGCAUCCACCUUCAUGGUGGUCUCUUAUCAGUUUUCUCUGGCAGAUGAAGACCCUCCUUUAUCAAAUGACCCUUCCCACAUGUUGGUAUAUAGAGGCAUACAGUUGGUAUACCAAGGCUGUUGGAUGUUUGUAUGUUUCUAACUGGACUAUUUGUUACUGCUGCUUUUAGUUAAAUUGUGGAUAUUUGAGAGGCAGUCAAAUGUAGUGGUCAGAGUGUUGGACUGGGAAGGCCGAGGUUCAAAUCCCCAGUGAGUCCCAAGGCUCAGCAUGUGGCAGUGGGCCAGUGACUCUCUCUGGGGGCUAACCUACUUCACAGCAUUAUUAUGGGGACAUGAACGUUGGGCGGGAAGAGAACCUUUGAGUUCAUUGGAGGAGAGGCAAGACAUACCAUAUUUGCUCGAAUGUAAUGCGCAUCUUAUUUGGCCAAAUUCCGUUGCGAACAUUAGCAUAGGCAUUAGAUUGGAUGGCACCAGCAAAUACUUUUUUGGUUUCAAGGUUUUGAAAAUGGAGAUGCGCAUCAGGUUUGAUGGUGCAUUGUUGUUGCUUGUUGUUGUUGUUUAGUCAUUUAGUCGUGUCUGACUCUUUGUGACCCCAUGGACCAGAACACGCCAGGCACUCCUGUCUUCCACUGCCUCCCGCAGUUUGGUCAAACUCAUGCUGGUAGCUUCGAGAACACUGUCCAACCAUCUCGUCCUCUGUCGUCCCCUUCUCCUUAUGCCCUCCAUCUUUCCCAACAUCAGGGUCUUUUCCAGGGAGUCUUCUCUUCUCAUGAGGUGGCCAGAAUAUUGGAGUCUCAGCUUCAGGAUCUGUCCUUCCAGUGAGCACUCAGGGCUGAUUUCCUUCAGAAUGGAUCGGUUUGAUCUUCUUACAGCCCAUGUGACUCUCAAGAGUCUCCUCCAGCACCAUAAUUCAAAAGCAUCAAUUCUUUGGCGAUCAGCCGUCUUUAUGGUCCAGCUCUCACUUAGAUUUGUGUAAUAAUGAGCAAAUGAACACUGAAUGGGGUUCUCCCUGCCUCCCAGCUUUCUCAUUCAGUCGAGGCUGGAGCAGCUCAUACUCUCUGGGAUGGGAUGAAAUACAGGGGCAAAAGGGAAGUCGCACUUGUGCGCGAUCCUCUUCUUAUCUCCCUUCCUUGAGUGCAGUGGGCAUCGUCAUUGGGAGCCCAGCUCGGGAUCCGAUUUAUACUGCUAUUAAUAGCACAUUCAGUUGGUAACAUCUAAAUCUGAUCUGGGCAUGUCUAGUCAAGCAGCCCCCAUUUUCUUUCCCCUUCCAGCGUGUUGGCUUACGGCUCCCUUGUCUGCCUGCAGCUGGGCUUCAGCUGCUGCUUUCAGUCAGCCGGUGGCCAGGCGUUUGUCAUCGUCCGUCACUAGAGUGACGUGCUCGUUGAACUUGGCCAGAUGGCAUCUGAAGGAAAUUUACCCUACUGACUGCUUGCCCAAAAAUAACAGCUUCUCGGCCCGUCUUCUCUCCCUCUGUGCUCACCCGCCUUCCCCGCAGGCUUACAGCAUCGCUUAUUUUGCUUUGCCUGCUCUUGCCUAUUCUUUUUAAAGUGCGGUUUUGGUGACCUUUGGUUGUGACUCUUCUGAUGACGGCACUGUUUUAAAACUGUGGUUCUGAUUCACUGAGCUUCCAGUCCCGUAGAAGGGAAUUGCAACGUACUCUCUGCAUUAGCUUUUUCGAAGCUUUUAAUAAGUUUAUCUGGCAGCAGCUGGAGUCUUCGCUGAAGGGAAAUAACGGAGACCCUCUCAGUGCUACCCAAACACCUUGAAGCGCUCAUCAGUUUUGGAAGAGAGUUCUUUAUCAAAAUGGCUUCUGUGUCAUAGAAGGACAGCAACAUCCAGUGAAUUGUUCAGUUUUCUGUUCCAGCAUUUUGAAAGAAAGAUACCCAUUUCAUAGAAUUGUAGAGUUGGAAGAGACCAUGUGGGUUAUCUAGUCCAACCUCUUGCAAUGCAGAAAUCUUUUGCCCAACAUGGGGCUCGAACCCACGACCUUGAGAUUAAGAGUCUCAUGCUCUACCAACUCCACACACAUUUUAAGGGAUGGUGAAUUUAAAUUUAUUUCAGGUCUCUUCUAUCUAUCCCUUCAUAAACUAGAAAAUAUUGCAGGGCUCAGCAGGGAAUUUCCAGAGAGCAGAAUCCUGUAAACAUUAAUUAGAUUAAGGUCAAUUAUAUUACGCCCUUGCAGUGGUACCUCGGGUUAAGUACUUAAUUCGUUCCGGAGGUCCGUUCUUACCCUGAAACUGUUCUUAACCUGAAGCACCACUUUAGCUAAUGGGGCCUCCUGCUGCCGCUGCACCACCAGAGCACGAUUUCUGUUCUCAUCCUGAAGCAAAGUUCUUAACCUGAGGUACUAUUUCUGGGUUAGCGGAGUCUGUAACCUGAAGUGUAUGUCACCUGAAGCGUAUGUAACCCGAGGUACCACUAUACUUGAGCAAGGAAAACUUGAGUACCUGAGUAUCAGUAACAGGGGCAGGAAAUCUCAGGCCAUGACCCUCAAAUGUGGCCACACUGUCUGGCCCUUGGACUCUCUGCGAGUCCAUCAAAACUAGCCUACUGUACAAAGGUAAUGUUUACAUUUGUUGCUCCGCCCACCUCUGACUCCGCCCACCACUGGCAUGUGGCCCUCAGCAGAUUGCCCAGCAGGAAAUGCGGCCCUCAGGCUGAAGAAGGUUCCUCACCUCUGUGCUAAAAGGUUGAGAAGUUCUACCUUAUACUAAAGGAAAAAGAGAUGGAUCCCGCAGCCAUCUCUGAUGUGUAAAAGGGACCCUUGUAUCAUCCUUCAUAAAUAUCAGCUAUCUUGCAAAAUAUAUGAAAAUCAAAGAGGCCCAUCAUAACAUUCAUGCUGAGCUUAUGUGAAGUGAUUUAUGUGAAAAUGUGCAGUGUCUUUUUCCUCACUACACACAGUUUGGGAAAGAUCUUGGAGAUCAGGUUCCAGAUCAGGUUCUGGCUAAGGCGUUUUUGAAUUACCAGCAUCCUUGUUUGCAGGAGCGAGCAUGGUGUUGUUAGGUUGUUGUUGUUGUUUAGUCGUUUAGUUGUGUCCGACUCUUCGUGACCCCAUGGACCAGAGCACGCCAGGCACUCCUGUCUUCCACUGCCUCCCGCAGUUUGGUCAGACUCAUGCUGGUAGCUUCGCGAACACUGUCCAACCACCUCGUCCUCUGUCGUCCCCUUCUCCUUGUGCCCUCCAUCUUUCCCAACAUCAGGGUCUUUUCCAGGGAGUCUUCUCUUCUCAUGAGGCGGCCAAAGUAUUGGAGCCUCAGCUUCACGAUCUGUCCUACCAAUACUAAAAUAUAGGUUUCAGAUUACUAGUCACCUGCAUGUCUGGGCACCAGGAAUUUUUCUAGUACUGAAAUAUUGUAGAAUUUUAAAAGCACUUUUGUCAAUUCCAAAUACGUAGCCUGCUUCCUGAAACUUGAUACAGCUUUUCCUCAAUGAACGUCUUAUUUCCCUAGCACAUUUAGCAUGAUUAAAACUAUAUUGUAGAAGUUUCAUGUUCCCUUCUAAAAGAACCCUGUGCGGCUGUUUUUUCCCAUGUGCACAGGCUGUUAUUUAUGUCUUGUUUUUAUCUGUAUGGGCCUACGGCCGUAAUAAAUUAUUAUUAUUAUUAUUAUUAUUAUUAUAAGAACCCUGUGAAAGAGAUCAUUAAGCUCAUUGCUCAAACUCAUCCGGUCCAGGAAAUAGUUGCUUGCAUUGAAGAAACACUGGAACCCAAGAGUUCCAUAUGCAGCACUUGUUUCCAUUGGACUUUUUGACUCGUAAAUUGUCAGAAGGGACAACGCUGUAGCAUUUAUAAAAUAACUGAAAUGCUGCUUGAGACUUGAAGACCAAGAUCCUAAUUUCCCAUAAUUGCUGGGUAAUUCAAGGGAUUAGUUAGUUGACUGAAAUAAUAGAACCUUUCAGCUCCAGGUCACUGCUUCACUUCCUGAUGGGGGUCAUUCUUGCCAGCAAAGUAAUUAACAUCCAGUUAUUGGAAAGUAUUCUGACUUUAAGUAGGUGGAAUUCCCAUGCUUCCAUUUGGAAUGGACCCACAUUUUACAAGGGUGCGUUAUGCCAAUAGUGAAUUGUCCUCAGUAGUUAAUGAAGUGAAGAAAUAAAAAUAUUGGCCAUUGUGACUGAAAAGAGCUUGCCGCAGAGAGCAAGCUCAUCCUUUCCCUUCUUUUAGGUCAAACAAUGUGUGGAAGAUAAAGAAAAGGGUCUGCAGUCUGAAAGUUUUUUUGUUCCUCUGGAUAAAUUGGCCAUAUACAGCUCAUUGCAUACUUUAAAUCUGAGAUUGUUCAUGAAGGGGUGUGCAUGUAAUUCAUGUGUCUGAAUUUUUGGCAGCUUAUUUGGAAUUGUGUGUGAAUUAGAGGGUCAGACUAGAUAACUCAGUUUGCGUUGUGAAGGAACCCUCUCCCCCCCUAAUAUUACACAACAUAAUACUAUUAUUUCCUCCAUGGCAGAAUUGCUUUCUGUUUAGUCUCACCAGGGCUUAGCCCCAGAAACUCUCUUCGCAAUGGCAGGAGUGAGACUGAGAGUACCUCUGAGCAAGUACAGUUUUCGUUAUUUCUUUGUCUUUUGUCUCUCCCACAGCCCCAAAUCACAGCCUGACUCAACACCUAGGAUUAGGAGGCAGGCUGUGCCUUUGAGUUUAGACACUGAAGCUCAGGAUCUCCUCUCUAAAAGAAUGAAAGUUUACUACCCGUCUUCUCUCCCCCUUUUCCCCCAAUCUUAUACUGUAUACAGCAUUAAACUCUCACAUCAAAUAUAACCGAUCUGUAAAAAGGACUUCAUGAUCUGAAAACUGAGACAAUGUAUGUACUUUUGAAACCCAAGUAAAUCAUUAAUAAAAACAUUUUUUUAAAAAAAGUAGCCAUUACACUUGUGUAUACUUUCCGCUUUGCAUGUAAGUGUUGAAUUGUGGGAGAUAUUUGUUCUAUUAGGUAUAGUGUUUCAUCAUUACCUUUUGGCUAAAAUAAAUAUGAUUAGUUUUAGCAAUUGGGAGAAGAUUCUGUAAUUCAUUCCCCAAUAACUGAUUGAGCAUCCUUUCAUACAUGGGAGCUGGUUACUUCUUCUCUGAUUUUCCACCUCUGUAUGGGAAUGGGCUGUUGGCGAACUAAACAAACUAUGGUCUUUUAAACUGUGGGUUUUUAAAAUUGGUUUUUGAUUGUUACUGUGUUACGUACUUUGUGUUUUUGCAUUGUGAACCGUUCUGUGAGCCUCAGGUGAAAUUCAGUCAAUGAGUGUGAACUGGGAGAGAGCCACGGUUAUUACUCUGGUUGCAUCUGGUUGGAGUUGUUGCAGCCUUUGCGAUCUUGGAAGAAGCAUAAGACUGAUUCCUGGUACAGCCAUGGCACGACCCCUGGCUGUAUUGGUGACCCUGGGGGGGGGAGUUCCUAGUUGAUGUGCAUCAACAGGGCUCCCCCUACUGGUGGUUAACCCUUCUGAGACUUCCUGUAGGCGGUCAGGAGUCAGAUAUAGUCGGUUUGGUUCCAAUGCCUAACCCAAUACCACUCACAUUCUGUAACCAAUAAAGUUGUGGCCUUUUUUAGCCCAUUAACCUAAAAUACUUGAGUCAAGUGUCUUUAUUCCAACUAAGGGGGAGGGUUCAGGGCCUUGCCACGCAACGGAUGUUUCCAAAGGUGCCUAUACAGUGGUACCUUGUGUUACGUACUUACAGUAAUCCGUUCUGGAGGUCCCUUUGUAACCCGAAACUGCUCGUAACAUGAGGCGCGCUUUCACUAAUGGCGCCUCCUGCUGCUGCCGUGCCGCCGGAGCGCGACUUCCACUUGCAUCCCGGGACAAAGGUCACAACAAGGGGCUUCUACUUCCGGGUUAGCGGAGCGCAUAACCCGCAGCAUUCGUAAGGGGGACGGUACGUAACACAAGGUAGCACUGUAUGUAGGAGAGCUGGGGGGUGGGGUAUAGGAAAGGGGUGGUUGGCAGAGUGGGCAAAGGAGAGAACUGACCUUGAGCGUCUGCCUGGUUCGUAUUGAACUGGUAUUGGGGAAACCCAAACUGAAUGUACUGUUUUUGCAGCACAUUUAUUAGCAGAGUGAAUGGAGCGAUGGAUGAUUGUAGUCUGGGGAUUGACAAGAUAUAUUGGAGUGUUUGGUGUGUAUUGGCAGGAAGAGUGACAUUGGAUGAGCUUGUGAGUAUUGUCUGAUUUGUGCUUUUGCCGUAGGGAAAUUAGUAGUAUUUAAGAGGGAUUCUGGAUAUGAUGUGAUUGUGUGGGUGUGGCUGAGCGCUGCAUGUUGUGAGUCAGGCCUUGGCAAGAGGGGAGGGAUCCCUGGUUCUUAAGAUAUUUUGCAAUGUGGUGCCAUGUUUUUUUCUUUUUGUGGAUUCUAAAUUUUGUUUGGUAUUGUAGUUCAUCAGUCUCAGUAUUUAUAGAUAGGGAUACAGUGGUACCUCAGGUUAAGUACUUAAUUCGUUCCGGAGGUCCGUUCUUACCCUGAAACUGUUCUUAACCUGAAGCACCACUUUGGCUAAUGGGGCCUCCUGCUGCUGCCGCGCUGCCGGAGCCCUAUUUCUGUUCUUAACCUGAAGCACUAUUUCUGGGUUAGCGGAGUGUGUAACCUGAAGCGUAUGUAACCUGAAGCGUAUGUAACCUGAAGCGUAUGUAACCCAAGGUACCACUGUAUUGUAUUGUUGUAACCAGCUUAUUUGUUAACAUUUGUUUAUAUAAAAUAUAUAAACAUUUGUUUAUAUAUUUGUUUAUAUAUUACAUCAGUGUACAGGGGGCUGUACACAGUCAGAAUAAGAAUUCUACCCUAAAGGGCAUACAGUCGAAAACAGCCAAUAUAAACAAUACAGUAAAAAAUCAAUAGUUUAAAAUGUCCAGUUCACAAACCAUUGCACCAGCUAUACUAAAACAGCCACCCACAACUGGAACCAGAAGUCUUCACUGUUUAAGGCCAACAGGGAUUGCUUGGCUGAUGGAUGAAACUUGGUUUGCAUCUCUGGGCGAUGGCUCCCAUAAGUACAUACCUGAGGAGUGGGAGAAAUGAACAUAAGCUCAGAAAAUAUGCUGAAGUCUUCCAGGUGUUUCUCUCUCACUCCAGUCCUCUCCUCCAGCAAGCCAAGAGGCUGCCUUGGUAUUAAGUGUUGUAGAUAUACAUCCCCAUAUAUAUUCAUGAAAUGAAUAAAUAAAAUUUCACAGUUUGGGUACAUGUGGGUGGUAGAGAACCAUGUACAUAGCCUUGACCUCCUAGGAAGAAAGGUUGGAAUGUAAUGAAUAAACAAGCUGUCAUUUUUUUAAAAACUGACAUUUUCCUCAAGAGGUUUAAUUAAAGAGAGAGAAAACAUUGUCUGAGAGUACAUGGUUUAUUGAAUUAACAUUUGAACUUUUGUUGUACUGCUAAUUGAUUUAAAAGUGUUAACUUGAGCAGCCUGAGAAUUUCCCAAGCAAAGCCUGGUGUAGGUCUAGUAUCUUUACCUGUUAUCAUUUUAAUGCUCUGAGUUUUCUCUCUCUUUCUCUCCCUCUUGCAGACCUAGAAUCCAAUGGUGAUUUAAACAACGAUGAUUAUGAAUUUGAGGAUGAAGCUAAACUUGUCAUAUUUCCAGACCACUUUGAAAUUCCUUUACCCAACAUAGAAGAGUUGCCAGCUUUGGUAAGUGUGGGUAACAGACAAAGAAUGGGAUUUAAACUGAUUUAAUCUGUUUUCACUCUUAAAGGAUCAUGGGUGCCAAGCCUGGGAAAGACCUAUUUGUGGGACCUUGGAGAACUGCUAGAAUAGGCCACGCUGAGCUUAAGUUGGUUUGUAAGGCAGAUCCUUAUAUUUUGGUAGAGCAGUGGAAUAUAAUGGCCGAGAGUGUAUGUGUUGCAUGGCUGAGUCAUUUACUAAGAUCUUGACUCAGCCUUGAACUCACUUGAUGGCCUUGGGCAAUAUGUUGUCUUUUAGUCUUAACACCCCUCCUCUGCAAUAUAGGGAUACUUUUGACCUGCCUUGCAGGCCUCUUGUGAGGACUACGGAAGGAGUUUGAUCAUUCAAAAGUGCUAUAUGAAAGCUAAUUGCUUAUCAUUACUUGUGUACUUGGUUGCAAACACUAUAACGUAGGGAUAGUUUUGUCUUUUGGUUUUGGUUUUUUAUGUUGCCUUUUAUGUUCAGUUUGACUUCCCCCCCACCGCCUCUAGGUUACGAUAGCUUGCGACGCAGUCCUCAGUUCGAAAUCUCCUUAUAGGAAGCAAGACCCAGAUUCGUGGGAAGAGGAGCUGCAAGUCUCCAAACAUGCCAACACACUUGUACAGAUGGACAAUGGAGUCAGGAUUCCUCCCAGGUGAGACUGUUGCACUUUGUUACCUAAGAACUGCCUGUGGAACAGAUCCCAGAACCCACCUAAUCCAGCUUCUGCAUCCCAUGUUAACCAAUUGGAUGCCUUUGGGGAUGGGUGGUUAGGAUAGGUGCCUAGUUAAAGAACAGGAUCAGAAAACCACACUUGGGAUAUAGAGAGAAAUAGCUAAGGAACUCUCGGGUAAGACCUUCCAGGAGGGCCCUACCCCCACCCCAUAGCACAUAGAUAUGUAGCGCAACACUUUUAUAGAAACCAUCUUAUCUGUCACUCCUCUCAUUUUCUGUCUGCAGCAGCCAUUAAGUUCCCUGUUGGCAGCUAUUUACGUUUUCUUCAUACCCAUUAACACUGCAUUAAUCCAUUAUCUGCCUCACGCAAAGGACAUUAAAGUUAAUUAAAUGAUUCUAAAGUGCUCUGCAGUACGUUAUAUGGUUUUAUAACAUUUAAUAUACAAUGUUUUAAACCGUUGGCAGGUCUUUCUGCUUUAUUUGACACGUUUGUAUUGAGUGUUCUGUAUUGAAUACUCAGUAGAGGAGGACAAUUUGCUCACAUUAAUCCCUUUUUACCCAGUCCUCCCUGUUCCUUCCUUUCCAUCUUUUUGUUCCCCCACUACCGAAAUGUUGGUUGUAAGUUUUCCAAGAGCUUAAUGUCUGUUGCGUUUCUUUUCUUAUGUUGGUCUGUAUACAUACAGUAUAUAUAUAUAUAUAUAUAUAUAUAUUGAUAGCACCAUGGACCAGAUUCAACUAACAGAUCCUCCUAGUAGACUUCUCCUUGCACAACAGAGCUCCCCUGCAUGUCCCCCAAUUGGCUUUGGGCAGCUCAGGAGUGAACAUAAGAAGGAGAGGCUUGUUUCCUCAGGCAAGCAGAAACGCUUAUGUUAAGAAAACAUUUGUAACAGAGCAAUACUGAAUUUCUUCCUAUGUACAGUUAUCGUUAAUGAAGAACAGCAGUUUUUGAGGAUUGGUGACGUGGGGCUACUCAGAUGGCAGCAGAUUGUUGUUGUCCCAUUGGCAGUUGACAAGGAGAACCCUAUGGUUAAUCCAGUCUGGGAAUCUUGGCCACUUGCUGGUUUUGGAGGUAGACCCAGGUUUCCCCAGUACUGCCAAUCUAACCCCCGAAUGUUUCUUGCUUUUCAGUGGCUGGAAAUGCUCAAAAUGUGACCUGCGGGAGAAUCUUUGGCUGAAUCUCACAGAUGGGUCAGUACUGUGCGGAAAGUGGUUCUUUUACGGCAGUGGAGGAAAUGGACAUGCUCUGGAACACUAUAAGGAGAUGGGUUAUCCCUUAGCAGUGAAGCUUGGAACAAUUACUCCCGAUGGUGCAGGUUAGUCAGUAGGAAAAUAAGUACCUUUUAUCAGGUAGCCCACAUCAUCACUGUCUCUUGGUUUUAUCACAGACAUGUGGUAUAGAAGAGGGCAGGAAAAUGAGGAAGUAAGCAGAGGUUUUACAGAAACUGAAUUCGGGACAAGGUACAACAUCCUGCACUCUCACAGAACUGGGAUAUGCACAAGUGUCCUGGAUGAUGUCUUUUCUGCAUUGCAACUCUGGGCCGCAGGAGAGCUGGCUGGCUGGCUUGUCUAGGGCCUAAUGACCGAGCAGAAUUUUGAACGUUGAGUUCUGUAGUUGACGGGAUACGUCCUUCGAACAAUACUGGAACCACACAGAAAGGCCAGUAAGGGAGAACACAUCUGGCUGUUCUCAACAAAGGCAGGCCAUGUUGUGCAACUCAAAGGAUUCUCAUUCCUGUCCAUGCACACAGUUUUGAUGCAAAGCUAGCCAAACCGGGGAAACACAUCCUUUCAGCAUUGCCACGGCAAAACAGAUUUGGUGCUUGGCUUGAGUGUGCCACAUCCGAGGAGGAGGCUGCACGUUUAGAACAAAGGGAUUUGCAGACCCCUUCAACAUAGCCACGUUUUUGUUACCCGGCUCCCAGGGGCCCUGUGGCUCAGCUGGCGGCUCUCUACAGCUCUCCUUCCACCCCCAAACUCUUACCGUAGAAUUAAUGCAGCGUCAGGAAGCACAUAAAUCAUUGGAACUUCUGGCUGCGACUGAAAAGGGCAGAGUGGCCUCUUGUCAUUGUUAAUGGUUGUGCACUGAGGGCAUAGGGACAAAAUUUAUUAGAGGAAGGGAUGCUAAUGAGGCUUAUGUGCCCAUCAUGAUGCACGAUUGACAUACUGCUCUGGAGGGCUUCCAUCUGGCCAGGGGUGGGGUGGGGAUCAAAGGCUCUGGUCUUGAGUCACCUGCAUAAUAUUUUGGCCAAAGCAGGCUAUUAAGAGGACCGACAUAUUGCAGUGGGAAUUUGCGUAACAGUACAGAUUUCAGUUGGUUAAUAAUAGAACAGAGCCAUAGCAGAGAAUUAAACAUGCACGUAGUCUUUUAAGUAUCCUAGGUUACCUUUAAAAUCUUUCUCAUUCAUCCUUGCAAACAAUUCUUUUAGCAGGGAGGGGAGGAGGGACAAUAGUUCUCUGUGUACUCUUCGCUCCUUUCGUCGUCCCCCCCGAAAAACACAAUAGGCCAGACAACGUGUUUUAUUCCUGCUUACAGUAAACAAGAGCAGUUUACUAAUCCUUAAUAUUUUCUUUUUGUCUAAUUUGUGAUCAGUUAGAUACCAGAGGGUCCUAAAUACAAAAGGAAAUAUGAAACAAGUUUGCAGUCAGUAUUGUGAAAAAUUCAGGUUUUAAAGUGUACUGAUCUUUUGAUUUCAGUGGAGAACUGUAAGCUUCAGUUGCAUCCCAUUCUUAUAACUGCUAAAAGGAAUUAGUGUAGUUUGCAUUUCCAGGGUUCCUUGAGUGCAAACUCAAAUGAAAAAAGAAGAAAUUUUAAAGAUAUCCAGAGGGGUUGCUUUGUAAUCUGUUUCUGCGAAAACAACAAAGAAUCUUGUAAGACUUUAAAAGACUGACAAAUUAUGUUAUGUCGUAAGCUUUUGUGGCUUGGAGCCUUCUUCAUCAGAAAUAUGAAAUGUAAUCCUCAGUUGGCAUGGAUGUAAUGUAAAAGUUGGAGUAAAAUGGCAAUGAAAGGCAAACAAAGAUUUGUAUCCAAGUGACCUUAGAUGAAUAUCAGCACUUCAAAAGUUGACCUCAGCUGGCCUCUGGAGUGGCUUAUUUGCAUGGACUUAAGGUUUCAAAUGUUAUUGUUUUGUCCCUGUUUUGUUUUAUCUCCAGUCAGACAUCCAUAUGGAUGUUUUUUCCAGCUGAAGUGAAAUGCUUCAAAUACUGUUACAGAUGUAACCCAAGGUUCAUUUAGGUGGCUCUGAUGAAGGUGACUCUGAUAAAGCACACAAACUUUUUCCAGGUGUCGACCAGCAUUGUGACUUAACUGGAAAAGCACGAGAACACUGAGCUCUUGUUUACAGAGGGGAACAAUAACAUGUACCUGGAAACAGAGACUCCUUUGGCAUGCAAUGGCAGCAGAAGGGCACCAUGCCUAUCCAUAAAUGCCAGCAGGGUCACCCUUGGCAGACGCUAGUGGAGAGAAUGCUGGACUUUACCAGCUGGGCAUCACAACGCUUAUCGAGAGGAACACUGCUCCUGUUUUUGCCUUGCAGGAUUUAGGAGGCCAGAAAUUAUAUGGCUGGAUGAUGCUCACGGUUUUAGCUCUGAUAAAACAUUAGUAUGCUGCUUUUGAACCCAAAUUAGGAUUACAAGGUAAUUUAGCAGCAGUAGCAGAUCUGAAAUUCCAGCUAAUUUUAAGUUUCUCCUUUCACUGUUCCUAUGGAGAAAGAGGUCAUUUGUAUUAUUGUUUUUCAAAUAAAGAAGGUGGAAAUUAGGGAAGGCCUAUCCCGUUUCACUGCCUGAGGCAAAAUGGGAAGUUCCCCACCUUUCUGCCCCUGCCAAAGCCUCAUUUACCAGGAUCGCAUGCCUAUAGCCUCUGCAGAAAUUCUGGUUCUGGCUUCUGGUGAGCUCUUGCAACAGCCCCACAAGAUCACACAAAGGCCUCAUACAACCUUCUCAAUACCUUGGGGAAACAAGGCACUCUGUCUCUCUUACCAGCGUCUCGGGAAGGGUGCACGAGGUUCUGCACAACCUCCUGGAGCUCUUGCGUGAUUUUGCAGGGCUCUUGUGAGAUCUCCCUGGAGCCUGGAAGCCACUGCAUCCACUUCUGUGGCGAUGGUAUGUGCCUAUGGAGGUGCCCCUUGGAUUUUACCGCCCGAGGCGGCUAUCUCAGACUGCCUCAUGACCCUGGUGGAAAUCCUUUGAACUACAUACCCUCAUUAGCAAUAUCAGCAUUAGCAGAUGGCAAUAUAUUCCUUAGCAGAUGGGAAGCUAUGAGAUGACUUGCCCCAAAGGCACACGGUAUGCUUUGAAUGCAGGUCUUUCAGAUUCAAGUGCAGAGCUUUAAUCUCCUGGUUCGCAGUCUUGUUCAUCCUUCUGUUUUGCCGCACGUACACUGAACAUUAAAUCCGCUACAGUUAAAACCCAGAUGAACUGGUUCCAUACUGUGCUGUAAGUGAAGAGGAGACAUGGACAGGUUGCCAAAGGCCAGAGAUGCCUGCCUGAUUCAAGGAAUAGAGUAGCCCAGCAACCUCCUGCAGGGGAUGGUUAAACAAAUAUAAACAAACAGACAUAGGAGUCCUUAAUGGAUCUGCUUCAUGGAGAAAAACAUCUUUGCCAGCCUGUUUAGACGCCACAGCUUGGAUCCUAAGUUGCUCCUCCAUCCAUGUAAUUGGGGUUUUGGGAGCAAUUGCUCCCAACUCUUACCCCCUGCAGCCCACGACACCAUAUGCCACACCAUUCCCAAGGCUCCUGCAACCCCAGGACCAGAUUUUUGUGGGGUGUGUUUGUGUGUGCGCAUUGAGGGGGCUGCAGAGGCAGGAAAGGCACGUUCCGUGAACUCUGUUGCAUUAAAUGGAAGGAAAAUUCGGAUCCACACCUAUAAUACUAUGUGUAGUAAGCCCAUGCUCUGAGAUUGGGGGAGCACACAAGGAGUUACUUACAGGGACGAGGAGAGCAAUUGAGGAUUUGUGGGGAGGCAUGUCUGUUGCAUGCUUAUGUUGCACACUUCUUGGAUAGAAUUCUGGAUACCUCAAACUUGCUGGUAAAGCAAGGCUUCAUAGAAUUAUAUAGUUGGAAGGGACCCAAAGGGCCAUCUCGUCUCCUGCAACGCACCUUUUUACUAGCUUCUUGGGCCGCUAGUGCCAUCAAGGGAAAUGUUGUCUGCUUUCAACUAGCAGGCUAUGCAAGAACCUGGGGGGUGGGGAGUGGGUCUGCCUUCUUAUUUUGUACAUAACAGCCCACACAGCUGCCUUCUCAGUGGCUACUAAUCCUGCUGACUACAUACUACCUCUAGCAUUAGAGGCAGUAUGGUGUCGGUGAUCACUACUGCAUCUUCUGACAGCAGAUUUCAUAGCUGAAGUGCAGUCCCAGGUUCUUCUGCUCCAGGGCAACCACACCCUUGUGCAAAUUAAUUGAAACAAACAAUGUAGUUUAUUGUACAAAACUCACAUAUACAUGUACAAAAUUCACAUAUACAUGUACAAAAUUCACAUAUACAUACAUUAGUAACGGGUAUGACCUCUGCUAUUUUAAAGCAGCAUUUGAACACGGUUUGACAUGGAGUCUACUAGUUUUGAACAGUCACUGCUGAUUUUCGGAUCCCUGUACCACACUUGAAUCAGCGCCUGAAUGAGCUUUUCCAUAGUCGUAUAGUCUACAGCACCGAGGCGACUAUUGCAUAUAGCCCACAAAUUCUCAGUGGGAUUUACAUCUGGGGAAUUCCCUGGCCAAUCAAAUACCUGUAUUUGUGGCUCUUCAUGAAUUUCUUCACCACUUUUGAUGUGUGACUGGGGGCUAGGUCCUGCUGCAAUAUCCCAGUGCCAUCAGGACACCUCUUUUCCAGCUCUGGAAUAACUCUAUUUUGUAGAACCUCAAUAUGCUAUGGCCAGAGCAUCAUUCCUUCUAUUGGCUGCAGGCUUCCAACACCAUAACGAUCAACUGACUUUUUGUUUUUGUUGGGGGUACAGGAUUACGAGUAAGAUAGAAAACAUGCUUUGUUUCAAUUAAUUUGCACAAGGGUUUGCAUUUGGAGCAGAGUGUUCUUCCUGGCAGGUGGGGCAGGAAAGUUCUCAGCAGCUGCUCUUUCUCUUGCUGAUGAAGGAACAAGGCAGUCCUCCCCUUGCUGUGUUAUGUUCCUCUUGAAAGGCAGGGGUUGACCUGCGCUGCGCCCUGGCUUUUAGCUAACAGUUUUUUAGGCAGAGGAGCUACUUGCAGCCUGGUGGGGAGGCAGGGGCUCUUCAUUUGCAGGUAGGCAGCCACUCUGAUCGGGAACAAGAGAGAGCACCUGUGUGCCAGUUGCCAGUUGCCAGUUGCUUUGAUUUGAUUUCGUGGAGAAAAGUGAUCCCACAAUCCCUGUCUCUCUUAAUUUCUGGAGGGGAGGAUCCCUCUGGGUUUAGUGGAGCAGGGUUCAUAACCCUUCCUUCUUCUCCAGGCAAGAGACGACCUCUGAGUGGCCUUUUUGUUCUCUGGCCAGUGGAUGCUCUGGCCAGUGGAUAGAGCCAAACUGAGCUUAUACUGAACCAUUGGUUCACGCAGCCCAGCAUUUUCUAUUCUUGACUGGCAGUAGCUCUCUAAUUUCAAGGCAGAGAAAGUCUGCCCUCUGAUACCUUAAAGCAGGCAUUUCCAAAGUCUGUCUAAUCCAGCCCCUAUGGUAGUUAAUUGGUGUCUAAUCCUAAAAAAAGCUUAACAACUUCAACCCUAAAAAACUCUUAAAAAUGUUCACUUCAUCAAAUCUGCAUUUUAUUGUUAUUCAUGUUUUUAUACUGUAUUUUAUGCUGCUUGUACAAUUAAAUGUUUUAAAUUUGUUGUUAGCUGCCCUGAGCCCGGUUUUUGAACCGGGAAGGGCGGGGUAUAAAUAAAAAUUUAUUAUUAUUAUUAUUAAAUCUGGCUCUCUUUGAAAAAAGUUUGGGCACCCCUGCCUUAAAAGAACUGGAGAUUCCAGGGAUUGAACCCGAGAACUACUGUGCGGAAAGCAUUCAUUCUGCCUCUUAGCUGUGACCUUUUUUUAACACCUGAAAGCUCACUGCCGCAAGGACAGAGCCGGUUGCCUUGUUCUGUUCCUCCCAAAUUGCCCCUGCUGCAGGCUGGGCAAUGUGGGAUGAAGCCACAGAACAGUGGCGUACCCAAGCUGCUGCAGCAAUGUCUGAAGGGCACCUUAGAAUAGGGAUCUCUUGGUUGCCAAUGGAACCAUUAUAAUGUGGAGAACUUGGUAGCGAACAGAAUGUCCAGAAUUUGCUUAAUAGUUGAGCUGGCAUGCGUGCAGCAAAAUUACUAUUGCUUGGCGUAUUAUGUCGGUGGUGAAGCUUCAAGAAUAUGCUGUUGUGAAAUAACGCUGAUGGGUAACACUCGGUGAGCAGUGCUUUUUCUUCUUUUCUCUGCAGAUGUCUAUUCCUUUGAUGAAGAGGAGGCGGUUUUGGACCCACACAUAGCCAAACACUUAGCACAUUUUGGCAUUGAUAUGCUCCAAAUGCAUGUAGUAAGCGGCUUUCCUUUUAUUCAGGAUCUGUAUCUUCAGCAGUCAUGGAAAAUAGCGGGGGAAAUCAGUGCCUCAAUUGGAAAAGCAGUUUCCAUUCUUGCGGGAGAUCCUUCUUUCUUUUAAAAUAUAUAAUCUGCUUUUCACUUUAUGUUCUCCUGCUAAAAGGCAUCUGAUAACAUAAUAAAAUGACACCAGGCUGUUUCUGAGUUCGGUAAGGCUCUAAGCAUGUAGAGUGGGAAGUGAGAAAGGAGUGGGGAACCUUUCUCAGCCCAGGGACCACAUUACCUUCUGGGGAAUCUUUUGGGGGCUGCUUGCAAGUGGUUGGAACAAUGAUUGUAAACUUAGGAUCAGAUACAGAGGCCUGGAAUGCUGCUUUUGGCAUGAGGUUCCCCAACCCUGAUGUACAAUAUAUGUGUGUUUGGAAACCAAGGCUACGCUUGCCCUCCUGCCCAGAAUUGAACCGUACAGUCACAUUUUGCAAAGUUUAAAAAGGUAAAGGGACCCCUGACCAUUAGGUCCAGUCGUGACCAACUCUGGGCUUGCGGCGCUCAUCUCGCUUUAUUGGCUGAGGCAGCCGGUGUACAGCUUCCGGGUCAUGUGGCCAGCAUGACUAAGUUGCUUCUGGCGAACCAGAGCAGCGCACGGAAACACCGUUUACCUUCCCGCCAGAGUGGUACCUAUUUAUCUACUUGCACUUUGACGUGCUUUCGAACUGCUAGGUUGGCAGGAGCAGGGACCGAGCAAUGGGAGCUCACCCCGUCGUGGGGAUUUGAACCGCCGACCUUCUGAUCGGCAAGUCCUAGGCUCUGUGGUUUAACCCACAGCACCACCCGCCUCCCUAAGUUUAGGUCUCUGCAAAUCGGACUCUCCAUUUUUAUUUUUUUUUACCACAUAUUGCAUGUGAAGCUCCACAGAAAAACGAGGGAGCUUUUUAUGGCUAUAGCAGUGGAUCUUUCUGUGUUGCGGCUAUAAAAGUGGGAGUAAGUUGUGAUUGCAGUUGCUUAUAUAAUUCAGCAGGUGGAGACAUUAUUGCAUUUGUAUCUCAGCAAGCAGAAAGCAAGCUAUUUUAUUUCUGAGUGUUUCAUUUGGGAAAGUUCUCAGAACCAGGUGUUUUCUUCUUUUUUUCUAUUUAAAUACACCUGCUUUAUAAGUUCUUAACAUACACUUUUGUAAACUGCUGCUUCUUAAAAGCUUCUUCUUUUUUUUUGCAUUCAGACGGAGAAUGGCUCAAGAGAUAACGACAUCAAACCCAGAGUCUCUGAAUGGGAAGUGAUCCAAGAGUCUGGCAUGAAGCUAAAGCCAAUGUAUGGUCCAGGAUACACAGGCAUGAAAAACCUGGGGAACAGCUGCUAUGUCAACACUGUCCUACAAGCCAUUUUCAGCAUCCCUGAAUUUCAGAGAGCGUAAGUCAUUCUAGGGAAGUUUUGCAGCAACCAGAUUAGAACCUCUUAUGUUCCUCAUUGCGCUACUAAGGCUCGCUACAGUACACAAUGGCAGACUCCAGGUCUGCCCCAAUGCUUAUCCCCAACAAGGGAGCUGUGGUUAAUUGGGACUUCCUGGGAAGUAUGCCUGUCCAUUGGUGAAUGUAGUUAUUGCAUUCUCACUUUACAUAUUUUGUUAGAUGUGAAGUGAGUCUAAUAGAUACAUGUCCAACCCAUGUUUUGUUUUUUUCCAUCUCUGUCUCUUUUUUAAAGCACUCCUAAGCUUGCUGGAUUUUAUAGGGAUCCUUCAUCCUCUACUCCAAGCCCUGCAGCAACCAUCUGUUUAUUGAGUGCAUAUAUAAAUACUUUCAAGCACAGUGGUGUGAAUCCCCUGAGAGACCCCUGGCCAGAGGGGAUGGCUAGUCAUUAGAAUCCCUUCCCCCUGUCAACUGCACACUCUUGCCUGGCAACAGGGUCUGCAUAGCUGUCCUAGGAACUAAUCUACUCCAUCCUUCAGCCAAAUGGAGAUGGGGAGACAGAGGAUCCUCAACUGCUGCUUUGCUCCCAGUAUUGCUUGUGGAGUUCUAGCAGGUGUCUCAAAAUUCCAACCUCCAAAAUUUGAGGAUAAGCAUUCAUUUAUUUAUACACCACUCUUCUACUGUUGUACUUAAGAGUGGCUUUGCAGCAAUAAGGAUAAAAACAGAGCACUAAAACUAUAAAUAUACAAAUUGGACAGAUCGUUAGAACAUACAAUGAGUGGUUUUCACUGCUUCCCCUUUGCUGGUGAAACAGAAGGGAAGGAAUGUCCAGUGAUUCCUGUUCUUCCUCUCUGCAGCCCCCUCUGCCCCCGAAAUCUGUUCCUGAAGGACCCCCAGUCCUCCAGAGCAGAUUUUGAGGAAGUGCAUGGGAAGGAGGAACGGGUGAACAUUUCCUUCUUCUCGCGUUCUGCUGCCGAAUGCCUUCUGUCAGCAGUGUGGAAGCAUUGGAUACCACCCAAUGCAAAGAAAAAACCAACAGUGAGAGACUAAGAAUGUUAGCAAUUAAAAUCCACCAGAAGUAGAAUUAAGAGUUGCUAUAUGUUAAAAGCUCAUUGAAUCAGGUGUCUUCAGUUUCUGACAGAAUAGAGAUGGAGAUGGUGUCUGACUGAUGGAUUUUGACUUGGGGACCUCAGCACUGUUAUAGGAAAGACCCGGCCUCUCAUUCUUGUCACAGUGGGUAUAUUGAGAUGGCAACAAGAGCAAGACCUCUGAAGUAGAUUUUAAGGCCUAGGGAAGACUAUAUGGGAGCAAAUCGUCUCCUCAGCAAAUUAUGGCAAUGGGAAACAAUCUGCUCUGUUUGAAUGUUCUCCUCUUCCUCCACAAUUCUCUCUGGAUAGGUACGUCGGAAACCUUCCGAGAAUAUUUGACUACUCUCCUCUAGACCCAACACAAGAUUUCAACACACAAAUGUAAGUGGCAGGUUUUAUAUUAAGCAGCAGAUUUCUCUGAAUGGCUAUUUCUCCCACAUGGUUUGUUGCUUUAAUAACCUUUAUGAGGUACCCAGGCAAACACCAUUCUGGACAUGGGGGAAAAUGUACUAAUUGCCUUUUGGCAUUCUUAUUAAAUGACGGAUUUCCUUUUGAACUUGGUUAGUGGCACGACUUGUAGCGGCAAUUAUUCACGGUAGCUUUAUCUUAUAGGAUGUAAUUGAUUAUAAAGCUGACUUUAGCUGUUUCCAUUCUGUGGAUAGUGCCAAGCAUUUGUUGAUUUUGUUUGUUCAGUAUUUAUCUUGCUGCUUUACAAUUUUCAUUUAAUUUAUUUUUGGAACCACCUGUGACAUUUGAGAAAUGAUUGUUCUUGAUUGACUUUGAUCUGAUCGCUGUCUUUGAUUUGACCUGGACUUUCACCAGAGUAGUCCUGUUGUUUGUAAUAAGCAUAGCUAUGUGGUAUGGAGAGUAUUUUCUCCCACAUAGCUAACGUUACAGUAUUUUGUACGACUUUCUGCUUUUUGAAAUGGGGGGGCCAAGAGGGAAGAAGCUUAGGUAGAUCAUAGUAAGGAUGUCUGUUCAGGAUGUGUGUUAACAGAUGGGCCACAUUUAGCCUUACUUUCACCCUCCUGCUGUUUUCUCCCUACUCUGAGCCUGGUGGGAAACAUUUUGUGUGCUUUCUCUCUCCUUCCCUACUCCCACCCCACCCCUACCCCCUUCCUCUACUACAGGGCUAAAUUGGGACAUGGCCUCCUUUCAGGCCAAUACUCUAAGCCACCAACGAAAUCUGAGCUCAUUGAACAGGUGAUGAAAGAAGAACACAAGGUAUUUACCUAGCAUGCACAGCUUGAUAACUAGGUAGAAGAUGUCAGGAGUUCAGCCUACACUCGAGUAGGACCCUGGCAGAGACACAUGCACGAUUGGCAUGUUCCCUCCCUCCUGGACAAUCGUUCAGGAGCUUCAUAAGCUUUCUUCAGCCCGAACAUCACAGUGACUGAUGCCAACCAACACUGGCACACUUAGGGAUCCGCAGAGUAUGCACAGUUGCGUAACAGACCUCAGCAACUCAGCAUUUUGGCUAAUCUACUUUACAUAUAAACACACACGGAGCACUGCAACAUGGCUCCCUUUCUCUCUAGCAUCAGACAGAAAAAGAACAAAGGACAAUAGUCCCACUUCACGGAACACAGUAACACAAACAUCCUGUCUCCAUCACUUCCCACUGUGUGGAGUCAAAACAUACACCGUCAUGUGAAAGACAAAAAUCCCAUGACUGCAAUCAUGGAGCAGGAAUUCUAACAGAAGAGGCAUCCAGGCAACAGCGUAGCUAGCUGCUUGGGUGCCCAGGGCGAGCUGCCCAUGGGGGUGGGGCAAGCUGCCCACUGGGCGGGGCGAACCAGGGCAGGGCAUGCUGCGUGGAGCCUCACCGCCACCUCAUCUACAGCUGUAGGGAGGCUGAGCCUGGGUGAGGCGGGCAGACCCAAGUCCCAUGCUGCUGUUUUGGGCAGCGCAGAGCCUUCAGGCACCCAAGCCAUCCAAGAGAGACGCAUGGCUAGGGCGCCUGCAGGCCCUGCGGUAAGUGCCGCCCCCCGUGGUGUGGCACCCCCCCACCUAGCUACGCCUCUGUCGACAGAUCUGGUCUGUGCCCUGCAUCAGCUGAGCAUGGCUCCCCAGAACACGUUCUUAGACAUAAUCUAUAAUGCAUUGGCAGUGCCGUAGCAAAUCUGCUGUGGUUCCUUGCCAAGGUGGCUCAGUGUGGAAUGAAGCCCUGAAGGCAGAAAGCCUGAUAACUGCUGGUGGCAGAUAUACCCCAAAAGCAGCCCAGAGUCCUAGCCAGAGUAAAUGCAUAUAGAAACAGGACAAAUCUGAAUAUUUUUAAGAACUGCAGCACGGAACGCAGCACAGAUUUGACUUUAGCACCUCUGAGCGGUUGAGGACAGCCUUCUAUUUAUCUUUCCUUUACUGAGGCAGUAUUGUUGCAUUCUGGAAGCAGUGCUCGGAGCUAGUAUGUUUGGCCCACUGGGGGAUUUAAAAAAUUUAUAUAUUUAUGGCUGCCUGCUGUAUAAUCUUUGCUUUUAUUAGGACACUGUCUGACAUAGUUCAGCUUGUGUCCAGUUAGCGUUUUGUGUCGCUGUCAAUCUUUUGUUACCCUAAAACUUGGAAACUCACAAUGUCCCCACCCUUCCUCUCCCUCUCUAAGGUGGUGUGUUUGGAAAGGAAAGGUCACCAUGUAAUGGAUACAGGAGAUGCAGUAGCUGGAGAGGAAUUUUUGUUCCUGGAAGAACUACUCAGAGUAAACGCAGUGGUGUAUUUAUAGCAGGGUUGCAAGUUCAAACAGAAGAGUAAUUAUUUGUUUGAAAUCAUUUUAAAUCUGCAACACAUUUUUUUAUAAAAAAGAGCUUAAAACUUUGAACUGAGUAAUUACUCGAAGCUAAUUUUAGUCAGCUAAGGCAAAUUCUAAUGGGUUAGGGCCAAUAGUUAAAGAUAUUCACCUUCUGCUUUUGGGAGGCUGUUUUGGUUCUGGUAUGUUCCUGCUUAAAUAAGGGAUUAAAUAUAAAAUGUUAAAGAUGGCAUAACCCACAUCCUUUUUUAAAGGACUCACCUCCUGUACCUAUUAUUCUUAUUCUUAUUCUUAUUCUUAUUCAAAAUACAUCUUUCCCUGAAUUGGGUUCUUAGUGGUCACCCAUCCAAGUUGCUAAUUAGGGCUACAGUGGUACCUCGCGUUAAGUACUUAAUUCGUUCCGGAGGUCCGUUCUUAACCUGAAACUGUUCUUAACCUGAAGCAGCACUUUAGUUAAUGGGGCCUCCUGCUGCUGCCGCGCCGCUGGAGCAAGAUUUCUGUUCUCAUCCUAAAGCAAAAUUCUUAACCUGAAGCACUAUUUCUAGGUUAGCAGAGUAUGUAACCUGAAGCGUCUGUAACCUGAGGUACCACUGUAUAUUUGUUUAGCAGCAAGAUGGUCCCAAAGAUGGCAUUUCCUUUCCAAAUGAUAGUGGCAGCUUUUCUUUAUUAAAGUCUAAGCUAUUGCACCCCUCAGGAUCUGUAGAAAGGCAGCUGUAUGGAGGCUUUGCUAAAACGAAAAUUUAUUUAAACGUGGUUGGUUUAUCGAUUAGCUAACAAUUCUUUAAUAGCAGUCCUCAGUUUAUAGAGUCCCUAAAGAAGAUGGGGAGAAUUGGAGCUUAUUCACACGACCAACUGAGCACAAAUUAGUUCUAGGGAGAGCCUAUGCAUUUUAGCUCCUGGUCUGUGAUGAGGUGGCUGCGUUGCCUCUGCCAACAUAUGAAAUGUUUUGAUGUACCGCUGCAGAUCUUGCUUCUCGGUUGUUUUUAGUGGUGUUCCAAAAUCUGAACCCCAUGCAUAGUAGAACAUGUGUACGACUGGCUCAAGCCAGGAUGGGAGCCAGUAGUGGUGAGCUUUCUCAGUGGGUUUUCUUUGACUACUCUUCAUCCACCCCCUAUUAUUGCCUUAUGGCAAGAGCAGAAUUCUUGUUUUGCUCACCCCUGCAGCCAAUGGCUGAGGCUGGGGGAAUGGCAGAAACCACAGCUGCCCUGUCUGGGCUUGCAUGCCUCUUUGCUUCCCACUUUUGUAUCCUGCCUAUCCUCUGGAUAGUAACUCUGGAGUAACAUGCAUGGAAUUCCGUUUUACCUUCACAACAAUUGUGACGUUGAAUUUAGGCCAAGAGCGGGAUUUUGUGGCAGAGUAAAACCACUCUUGCCACUCCCGUGUUGAAUCAGCAUCAUGUUUACAGUAGCCUUUUCCCAAGGGUCAUGCUAUUUGGUGGAGUUGCUGCGUCGAUGAAGAGGCGCAGAUUGCAGCUAUAACAAAGGCAGCAUUUUUUCAUCUCCGCCAAGCUAAGCAGUUGGCUCCUUACCUCUCUCGCCCUGACCUAGCCACUGUGAUCCACGCGACGGUCACCUCCAGACUGGAUUAUUGUAACUCGCUCUACGUGGGGCUGCCCUUGAGACUGACCCAGAAACUCCAGCGGGUGCAGACUGCCGCGGUGAGACUCCUUACGGGGUCCUCGCUGUGAGAUCACAUUCACCCGGUGCUGUACCAGCUGCACUGGCUCCCGGUGGAGUACAGGAUCAGGUUUAGGGUGCUGGUUUUAACCUUUAAAGCCCUAUAUGGCCUAGGACCCUCAUACCUACGGGACCGUCUCUCCUGGUAUGUCCCACGGAGGACCUUACGGUCUUCAAACAAAAACAUCUUGGAGGUCCUGGGCCACAGGGAGGUUAGGCUGGCCUCAACCAGAGCCAGGGCUUUUUCGGCUGUGGCUCCAAUCUCGUGGAACAUUCUGUCACAAGAGACUAGGGCCCUGCGGGACUUGACAUCUUUCCGCAGGGCUUGCAAGACAGAGCUGUUCCACCAGGCCUUUGGCCAAGGCACAGCCUGACCCCCUCCUUUGGUAAUCCUCACAGAACUCUAGCCUAAUGGUUGCCAUUAAUUUGAUUUGAACUGAUUUUAUAAUGAAUUGAUUUUAGAAUGCUGUAUUAUUUUACUGUUGUUAGCCGCUCUGAGCCCGGCUUCGGCUGGGGAGGGCGGGAUAUAAAUAAAAUUUUAUUAUUAUUAUUUAUUAUUGAUGAGGAAAGUGUUGAGCCUCUAUGUGAUCUGUGGAGUAAAGGGUGCUUUGACUUGGACAUGGGCGGAGGACUGGAUGAGAGGCAUCAGCGGAGCCUCCUAACCAAUGUGGGCUGGGGUGCCCAAACUCAGUGCAGCCAAAGAGUUUUCUGCCUAUAUAACCUACAGAAACAAAACAAGACAAAUGCAAAUCCCGUUGCUGAUGUUUUGCAAAGCUUCACCAUCCAAUUCUCCGUGUUGCAAUUGAAGGAUGGUUUCCUUGUUCUCCAUGUUACUGCCCCCCCUCUGCCCCAAUCUUUCGGGCUACCUGUACAAAAUCAUGAUUAUGUGUGAAUCCAGAAUAACAUAUUGGAUAUUGGGAUAUUGGGCAAACUGCUUUCUCUGACCGUCUCAGUGGAACUACCUGUUUGUCUGCGCCCUCCCCCGCCCCAUGAAAAACAUAAGUUCAAAACCUAUUUAGCAAAGGAGCACAUUUCAGCCUUAGUUCAUAUUAAUGCACUGCCAUCAUGAGAGGCAAUGCAGUCGAAACAGAAGCGUCAUAGCAAUGAUUAAUUUUACAUUUUCUUCCUCACACUCUUAUUUCUGACAGGCAAUGCCAAGUUUAGUGUAAAAAUGGUCCAUCAGAUUUACUUGGAUAUAUCUACCUUGUUUUUCACACCGAUACCAUGGCACAUUACAUGGUGCCUGUUAACACACUUCAUAGAGAGCUGCUGUAUAUUUUAAUUUCUUGCAUCUUUGGAAUCCAUCCAUCGUUGGAUGACGUCAUUGGGCGCCUCCUGCCCAAAGCAUUCAUGUGAGAGAUUGAGUGAUCUGACCCAGCUUAUUUUUAGCUAAACGGUUUUGCAACUGUUGAUGGGGAAAGCGUUGCCAGAAUUUUCUCUCUUGUUUGCUCUCAGUGUGUGUGUGCAUGUGCACGUGCGUGCUCUUUCUCUCUCUCUCUCUCUCUCUCUCUCUCUCUCUCUCACACACACACACACACACACACACACACACACACACACUUUAAAAUCUGCCUGUGCACUGCAGCAGAUUAGCUUGGCAGGAGAAGGAAACUCCACAGAGGACGCUUUACCAAAGUAAAUAAUAAACAGGAGAUUUGGGGGAGGGUGGUACAAGGAGGCGGGUGUUCAAGGGUAGCAAACAUGGUGCCCUCAAGAUGUUGGAUUACACCUCUCAUGAGCCACAGCCAGCAUCUUCUGUGUCUGUCAAUACCAAGAGCAAGAGCAAACAUGGCAGAAGAGCAAUAGCCUUCAUGUCCUAACCAGAUGGACCCUUGAUCUGAUCUGCCAGAGUUCUUCAUGUGUUCUUAUCCUUCUCUCAUGCAACCAAAACUACAGGCUUCACAAGAAGGGAUGGCUAUUAAAUCAGUUUCAGCCCAUAGCGUCAAUGCGUCCAACAUUGCAUUGCCCAGUUUCCCAGUUCUCCUGGCCCAGCAGUUCGUGCAUCUGCAUUCCUUCUUCCCCUUACCCAUGUGCUUUCCGGAAUACAAGGGCUACAGCUCCCACCAUCUCCAAUCACUGACCAUGCUGGCUUACCUAAAAACCCUUGAAUCUUGAUACAUCCCUCUUUCAACAAGCCUUCUGAAAUCUUUAUCCUGGCUGUUACCUUGCCUUGUGUUUUGGAUUGAUUUUUAUGUAUGUGCCAUUCCAAUUUUUAUAUUUAUAAUCAUUUUUUAAAUGUAUUUACUAUAUGUGUUUAUAUUGUCAAUGGCUUUGAGAUGCCUCAUGGGAAGCGAUUCAGAAAUGAAAUGAAAUAGAUAAAUAAUGCUGCCCUCCUUGCAUUGCGUGAAGGCAGCAUUGACCUAUGGCGCCUGUUGCCUGGUAGGUUUGAUUUUUUAAUAUUACGUUAUUUUUUCUAAAGCUUUCUGACACAGAACUAAGCAGCAUACAAGGUAGCUGGAGUUUUGUUCUGACAUUCCUUCUGUCUGCAGGGCAGUGGAGGCCAUAUGCGUAUUGCCCAAAAUAGUUUUCAGCAUUCCCAGUAUCUCCCUUCACCUCCCUGAAAUCAUUCCAUAGAUGUGGGGGAAUGUAAAGACAAUCCCUGUAAGGUGUGUCGGUGCAUGCUGGUCUCUGUCCAUUUAGUAGAUGGGCAGGAGGAGUGUUACCUAAAACAACCAUAACUAAACUAAAAAAAAUAAUCCUGCUAUAUUUCAAAUUAUGUGAUGUCAUUAUGUACAUUUGGAGUCACAAAUGCAUGACAUUUCAUCUUUUUCUGGGAUUGUGGGGGUGCCUGAAGACUUGCUGCCACCUCCCGCCCCACGUGGAACGUGCAUACGUUAUCAAGCGGUGUUGUGAAUUGCACCAGUUCAUCCCUAAACUUCCCAUGUGUACCAUUGGGUUAAUAAUUCCUCUCCCAAUGGGAAUAGCUCUUUGGGUAACUGAUACCGAGAAAGAUGGGAAGGAGGAUCAUAACAGAGGUGCAGAGUGCCGUUUUUGUCACAUGCAACAAAGCAUUAAUUACAAAGCGUCAUGGCAUAUUUUGUUCUGUUUUUUUAGCCUCAGCACAAUGGCAUCUCUCCUCGCAUGUUCAAAGCUUUUGUAAGCAAAGGGCACCCGGAAUUCUCCUCCAAUCGGCAGCAAGAUGCACAGGAGUUUCUCCUGCACCUUAUACAUCUCAUAGAGGUGAGCAAGGGUUAGCCACUACUUGUCUUUUCUUUGCUUGUAUCAGACAAAAAUGGUAUGUUAGUCUUGUACAGUAUAGUAAGGUAAAGGGUAAAUUGACCCCUGACCAUUAGGUCCAGUCGUGACCGACUCUGGGGUUGUGGCGCUUAUCUCGCUUUAUUGGCCGAGGGAGCCGGCGUACAGCUUCCACGUCAUGUGGCCAGCAUGGCGAACCAGAGCAGUGCACGGAAACACCGUUUACCUUCCCGCUGGAGCGGUACCUAUUUAUCUACUUGCACUUUGAUAUGCUUUUGAACUGCUAGGUUGGCAGAAGCAGGGACCGAGCAACGGGAGCUCACCCCGUCACAGGGAUUAGAACCGCCGACCUUCUGAUCGGCAAGUCCUAGGCUCUCUGUGGUUUAACCCACAGCGCCACCCGCUUCCUACUGUACAGUAUAGUAGUUUUGGUGUAAAAUGAUUGAUCGAUUGGUGUGGUACCAGAGGUGUACAUGGCACCUUUGUAGAUUUACAUCAGCAAAAUAAGAUGUGUCUUUGCCCCAAGGAGCUUACACAGGAAAUCUUGCUGCUGCUGCUGCUAGAUUUAUUAUGCGGACUUCACCACCAGGUCCCAUGUUGAGCCACAGCAGUAGGGAAGACAACGGAGGAAAGGGAGAUGAUUCUUUGCUCUCUACAUAAUAAUAAUAAUAAUAAUAAUAAUAAUUAUUAAUUGCUGGGUUAGCAGAGUCUAUUUCCAGCAACUAAUUCAGCGAAAUCGGGACAUUUCCUUUCAGAGAAAUCAAUUGAGUGAAUGGAUAUGUAGUGCCUUAUCAUAUUUUAUCUUGAGGAGUUCCAUGAAGUAAAUUAAUAAAAAUCAAUUCAUGAGUCUCUUAAGUAUUGACAUGGGAGAUAAGUACUUAUUGAAAGCUUUUUUUCUUGGACACUGACGACAAGGCCAGAAAAACUUUCACAGUUGUGCACAUAGAGCAUUGUAGUGCAGAAAUAAAAGAUUAUUUCCCACCACCCAGUUGUGUUGGUACUACUUGAUUGCAAAGUAGGGGUUGUAGUCAAUGCGAGUCCUACUCAGAGUAGGCAAAGGGACCCCUGACCAUUAGGUCCAGUCGUGACUGACUCUGGGAUUGUGGCGCUCAUCUCGCUUUAUUGGCCGAGGGAGCCGGCGUACAGCUUCCGGGUCAUGUGGCCAGCAUGACUAAGCUGCUUCUGGCGAACCAGAGCAGCGCACGGAAACGACGUUUACCUUCCCGCCGGAGCGGUACCUAUUUAUCUACUUGCACUUUGACAUGCUUUCGAACUGCUAGGUUGUCAGGAGGAGGGACCGAGCAACGGGAGCUUACCCCGUCACGGGGAUUCAAACCGCUGACCUUCUGAUCGGCAAGUCCUAAGCUCUGUGGUUUAACCAACAGCGCCACCCGCGUCCCCCUACUCAGAGUAGACCUGUUAAAAUUAAUGAUCAGGAUUAACUUGUGAUGCUGAACUAGUUGGGCCAUUGGCCUUGAUCCAGCAGGCUCGUCUUAUCAUUUCUUCCUUUUGGAGUGUGAGAAAUUUAAAUUUCUGCCUGUCUUGUACUCUGUGUGAUGCUUUUGAGACAUAAAACAUCCCCUAAAAUGUAAUCGGUAUCAGUCAUGACAAUUGCAAGUUUUCAAUAUGGCUGUUGAAAUUUCACGCUGAAGAGGUAGUAUGUCAGUUUGGACUCUUAAUGUCUUAGUGCUUCGAGUGUUAAAACUAAACUACUCUUCUUAUGUUACUAUGAGAGUAUGGGAACAGCUUCAGUGUGGCUCCUUCCUAUCACCAGCAACACUUCUGAAUACCAGUUGCUUGAAACCACAGGAGGGGCGAGUGCUCUUGUGCUCAUGUUCUGCUCCCUAGAUUCCCACAGACAUCUGGUUGGCCACUGUGAGAACAAGAUGCUGGACUAGAUAGGCCUUUGCCUUGAUUCAGCAGGCUCUCCUUAGCUUCUUGUCAGCAUCACCCCAGCUGAGAAACCAGGACAACAAGGAGAUGUACUUUGGAUCUCCGCAUGUGGCCUGGUUAUUCUUGCGCUGUCAUGAUUGUCCAAGAGGUCUGACCUGUUUUCUCCCUUCAGAGGAACCCCAUUGGUUCAGAAAACCCGACCGAUGUCUUCCGGUUCUUGGUGGAGGAACGUACACAGUGCUGCCAGUCCAGGAAAGUCCGAUAUACUGAGAGGGUGGACUAUCUCAUGCAGUUGCCUGUAGCAAUGGAAGCUGCAGUGAACAAAGGUUAGGCGGGAAUUAGGCUACUUUUGUUGGUUUUUGCGUCCUUCAGAAGAAACUUCUGGGUUCAGCUCAGUUUAUUCACGCAUGCAUGUUAUUUCAGCAUCACAAUGACUUGCAUGUGUGAAUGAGCCAUUACAGAUUUAACCACCCUGUUUCCCCCGAAAAUAAGACAGUGUCUUAUAUCAGUUUUUGCUCCCAAAGAUGCGCUAGGUCUUAUUUUCAGGGGAUGUCUUAUUUUUCCAUGAAGAAGAAUACAGUACACAUAUUCUGGGGAGGCCUUAUGUUUGGGGGAGGCCUUUUUAUCAGGGAGGUCUUCUUUUCGGGGGAUGCCUUAUAUUAUAGUGAGAGGAAAAACUGGAAGUAGGUCUUAUUUUCGGGGGAUGUCUUACUUUUGGGGAAACAGGGUAGAUUUAACUACGCAAACAAAACUUUCCCUUUCUCCUGCCACUACCUCAGAUUGUGUGUGUGUGUGUGUGUGUGUCUGAGGGGGGGGGGGAGAGAGAAACCAGUUGAUGCAUCCAGCCUCUAGUCAAGUGAUGUACACACAUACAUGUGUGAUACAAUCCUUAGUUUUACUGUAAUGCAAAAUACCUGAAAUGCUGUCCUUUAAAAUAUCCUGAACCUCUGAGACCAGAUGGAUUAAGUGGAAUACUUCAUGACGAUCAGUGGAAAUUUGUGCUUUGAGGGAACCUCUUCUGUGUUAGCUGAGAUGGAAUCCCAGAGUGUUAGAGGAUUAUUUUCAGGCAUGGCACUAGUCAGGCCUGUUGGGCAACACUGCUGACCUGUUCAAAGUGACAGUUAAGUUCACCCCUUUGUUCUGUAUAUUGCAUCAUGGUGGAAUGGUGACACAGGAAAUAUCCUUGUCUUGAGUCAGACUAUUGGUCUAUCCAGCUCAGAAUUGUCCACACUGACUGACCUCUGGGAAAAGGUCAUAACUCAUCUCUAGCUUCUUCAGUUAAGGCUGGGAAAGACACCUACCUGGAACCAAGAGGGUUACUGCCAAUCUGUGUAGACAAAACUGACCUGUGUGGACUUGGUAUGAGGCAGCUUACUAUGUCUUCCUAACCAACUUCAACCUUAACUGUAAAUCCUAGAUAUCAAAAUAACAAACCAUGCUUAUGGUUAGUGAGGGAAGAAACUUGAAGGAGGCUGCAUGUGAGAAUGCAGUAUUUAUUAUCUCAGUGCUUCACAUAAGGUUGUCCAUUCUCCACACGCAGUGGUCCUCUGUUGUUGCUUGUGUUCCUGGUUAGAUGAACUGAUUGCUUACGAAUUGAAGAGGAGAGAAGCUGAAACUGCAAGGAGGCCCCUGCCGGAGCUUGUACGUGCCAAAAUCCCUUUUAGUGCCUGUUUGCAGGCCUUUUCAGAACCAGAUAAUGUAGAAGACUUCUGGAGCAGUGCCCUUCAAGCCAAGUCUGCUGGAGUUAAGUGAGUCUGCAAUUUGUCCUAUACAUGGGUAUGCAUGUUAGGAGAGAGAGAGAUGUCCUUAAGAAGCUUCAAUCGCAGCCUCCUGGACGGCUUGGGAAUACAAAUAGAAAUAGGACCAAAUUCAGGAACCUUUGUAUCUGUGUUUGUGGGGACUGGCUUUUCCUUGCUCCCCAUUGCCUCCAAAUCCCCGCUCCCAGCUACGUAUUGAGUACAUAAAAGGAUUCCUCCUGGAUCAGACCAGACUCCAGAUUGCUUUUGAACAAAUUAAAAGUCACUGGUCCCAAUACGGAUCCUUCAGUCUCCUUCCAUUCUUCCAGCGUGAAUCUGUUUUUGAGUGCAGCACUCUUUUGGUUUUGCAUUCCUACGGCUCAGCUUCAUUCACAUGAAAUUGCUUUUGUUUCCAGAACCUCUCGCUUUGCUUCAUUUCCCGAGUACCUGGUAGUACAGAUAAAGAAGUUCACAUUUGGCUUGGAUUGGAUACCUAAGAAGCUUGGUAUGUGCUCUGAAUAUUCUGUUCUAUAUUCAGUUGUCCUGGGUUCUCCUGUAAGGUUUCAAGGGAUUCCCUGAGAGCACAGAAACCAUUGUUAUGGAGAAACAGUCCCUACUUUUUUUUUGGUUUAGGACUAAAGCACUGGGUUUGGGGAACUGAGUAUGGGAGUGUGCUUUAAUAAUAACUUUAUUGUCAAUGUACAACCUGUGUACAAUGAAAUUAACUGAGCCUCCCCCCCCCCCAUGUUCCUGUAACGUAUUAGCUGUGCGUCUAUAGGCUUAUUUGCCCUGCUGUGUUUGCAGAUGUUUCCAUAGACAUGCCAGAUCUUCUGGACAUCAGCCACCUCCGUGCCACAGGCCUCCAACCAGGAGAGGAGGAGCUCCCAGAUAUCUCUCCGCCCAUUAUCAUUCCUGAUGACCCCAAAGGUACUGCCUGCUACCACGAGGAUCUCUACUCCCCCAACAUUCUCCACCACAACUGUUAGUUGAACUUCUUUUCUGUUCCUUUGUCACUUUUGCUCCCUACCUGUUCACAUGGGACUUCUUCUGGGACGACAAGCUCCAACAUCUCCAUGGCACAUCCUUUGCACCGCAGCCAUUGGGCGCUGGGUGUGAGAGAAGUAGCCAGUUAUAGAAUUGAGGCCUGUUUCCUGGUUUAGUAAGUGGGAUUCCAUUCCUUGACAAAAUUUUGCGCGGUGUGCAGGCAGGAAUUGAGACUGAGCUCCGAAGACCCAAUCUGGAAGUAAUAUGAGGAGCAAUCAAUGGAGAAUGGGGAGCUCAUGAUCAAGGAAGCCUACUCAAGCAUAGGCAUUGGGGUAGUUCUGGUGGGCCACAAAGUACAUAGAAGAUUGAGGACCUGAUUUAGAGGAGAUGCAUAGAUGUGGGCAGCCUGCAGGUGUGUGCACACAUCUAUGCAAAGAAGCAGGGGAAGGUGGGCUGAGCAUAAUUGGUUAGGCCAAUGGCACAGAUCCCCAUGACCAGAUCUGAAGCCCUAGUCUUAUGGAAACAAGCACAUCUAAUGUCCGAACAAGGCCUUGACUCUAUAGCAGUGAUGGGAUCUACUGUUUGCACCCAGCGCAGAACUGGCCAGCUUCCUCUCUCUCGCCAUCCCAAUGCACACUCCCUCACUUUGCCUUCUUCACUUUCAGAUGGCAUGACGAACCAUUUCAUGGAGCGUAUGUAUUUCAUUUCAUUAUGUUGGCUUUUAUUUUAUUUUUAAGGCUGUUUUAGUGAACUUAUUUGCACAGGGUGCGCUCUGUCUGUAGAGAGAUGCAUGGAAGCUCUUCUCUUUGGGUUUUUAAUUGUGCCAUUGUUUUGAAUGUCUUCCAACCUAUUCUUAAUGUUUGCUUGAUUAUUUGGUGGAAGACGUGAAAAGUACCAGGGAGACAUCAGGGACUGCUCUCCUGCGUUGGAAUCGUCUUCAUCUUUACUCCUUCACAAUUGGUUUAAGGCUUGGGAAUACUAAUUUUCUUUGGCAUAAUUCUUUGCUCCAACAUUGGACGGAGCAUCAGAUUUAUGUAUUGCCAUUGGAAUAGCCUUGUUGGCUCGAACCCAUGAAACAGUCUUUUGCUUCCAACAGUAGCCAGCCAAAUACUUUUGGAAAGCCUACAAAAUAGGGCAUGAUGACAACAGCUCUCCCUCGUUUGUUUUGGCUUCCUAGUAUUCAGAGGGUACUGGAGAUUCCAUUUGGCCAUUGAGAGACAUAUUUUCUUUUUCUGCAGACGAACAUCUUCUGAUCCCAGGGCCCAGUUUGUCAGAUGGGAAUAAAGAGGAGCAGAUUUAGCUUUUUAACAAAUCCCCAUUGAAUUGAAUCAAAUCACCUUGGAAUGUGCCUGAAUAUGGUGGUGGGAGAAUUGCACAAUUGAAUGUUUUAAUUUUUUUUGUUGAUUUUUGGUAUUUUAUAUAGCCUGCCCAAUAACAUUAUUCAAGCAGUGAUUCAAAACAUAAAUAUUGCAGGGUUUUUUAAAAAGUCCUGAGAAUUUUUUUAAAACACUUUACAUUGUGUGAAAAUAACCACAAGGAACAUGCCUGGUUCUCUCUGGGGAGGAGCACACAACAACCGGGAUGCCCAAUGCCAAAAUAACCCAGCAAGUAGAAAUAUAAAACAUUAAACCUAACACCAAAGGGUUGCGAAAAGCAUUGUGGGACUGAGGAAGUGGCCAGGGUCAAUGGGGGAGAGGCCCACAAGUGAGAUGGGAAGGUUCUCUGGACUAGAGGUCCCCCACUCUGCAUUAAAUUGAAGACUUCCAGCCUUAGCUGUCUAGUAGACAGAGCACUGCUGUUGCACCUGGAAUAUUGGGCUGUUUGCAUGACAGUUAAUGGCUCACCUGAAGCUAAUAUUAUGGUCUUCAUUCUGUAUUCCCUAUGCCAAUUUGCUCAAGUGGCUGGCUUUUAGUGCUAAGGGCCAGAGUGUCCUAAGAAAUGUCUGCUUCCAGCUGUGCAAUAGAUUAUGGUUCCAAGACUAUUGAAAGUUGCCCUCACUUUGCAUUCUGCCUUACACACAUACACCCCACAAUGGAAUUGCGGAUUCCUGUGGAUGAUGAACUAUAACAUUGGCAAUCCUGUCUGAGCUUAAAUUGACUGAAGCUAAUGCCUUCAGCUCACCCUUUUGCCAAACCUUAGUUGCAAAUCUGUUGCUGAGGCUGUAUGUGAGUAAACCUUAAAAUUUGGAGUAGCUGUGGUACAGAAUAACCUGGGAAGCUAGCGUUGCUAACCCUCUGAAAUGUUCCUUUGUCUCAGCAUAGGGAAUAGCAAAUGCCUCAACUGUGGUGUAGUGGUUAAGAGCGGUAGUCUCAUAAUCUGGGGAACUGAGUUCGUGUCUCUGCUCCUCCACAUGCAGCUGCUGGGUGACCUUGGGCCAGUCACACUUCUUUGAAGUCUCUCAGCCCCACUCACCUCACAGAGUGUUUGUUGUGGGGGAGGAAGGGAAAGGAGAAUGUUAGCCGCUUUGAGACUCCUGAAGGGGAGUGAAAGGCGGGAUAUCAAAUCCAAACUCCUCUUCUUCUUCGUCUUCUUCUUUGUAGGCUCUCAUAACCAUUUAUGUGCUUGCAUCUCAGUAGUGCGUGUCCCUAUUACUCUGAGUGAUUUAUGCUUUUUUAUUCUUUAGAGCGAAACUGAGCCUAUGUAAAUGCAAGAUCAUUGUAAAAGUUGCACAGAUGUUCAGUUGUCUGCUGGUCUUAGCAAGAAUAAAAUUGAAUGUGACAUUCCAUGCACACUAAUGCUAGGGUUGUGUGUUCUGGACAAUAUAUUUUUUUUAAAGCCUGAACGUUACAAUUUGAAUAAAUUAACAGGAGAGCAGAUCUGCUAAGCAUGCAAAGUGUGUGAGAAUUAAAAGGCAUUUUCAGCAUUUGGAAACCUCAAAAACAGGACAGGGCUCAGAAAUGGAAAAAAAGAUGAGUGAUUAAUAUUAGAGGUGAGAGUAAGGAUGGUGGCACCCAUGGAAAGGGAUAUAGAGCUGUAAAGUUAACCGUCUUUCUCUUUGUACUGGAUAGUUGGAGUUUCCAACAGAAGCUGCCUCAACCUUUUUAUUACAAUUAUGAGGGCCAGAAAGAUUUAGAAAUGGGCAGCAAAUUGCAGGUUCCCAAUUCUAUGAAAACUGCACAUUUUGUGCCACAGUUGAAACACAAAGCCCUGUCCAUUGAUGGGGUAGGAUGGUGUUUUGCUUUGCUCUUGUUUUGUUUGACAGCUUCUCACAUUGGGAAUGUCCUCUCUCUCUUUCUCAGCUCCAGAUAUUGAUGAAUCCUCAGUGAUGCAGCUAGCCGAGAUGGGUUUUCCACUGGAAGCAUGCCGUAAGGCUGUCUACUAUACAGGCAACAUGGGUGCUGAGGUGGCUUUCAACUGGAUCAUUGCCCACAUGGAAGAACCAGGUCUGUAAUUUGAUUGAGUGCGCAUAUGUCUGCAAUAGACAUCGCCAUGCCCGCUAGGACAGUUCUGUGCUCUCUAUGCUUCCUUUUAAUUGGCUAGCACUGCAAUUCUUAUUGCAUGAUAUACAUGAUUCAGUACAACAAAAACAAAAUGUGUACACUUGUAAAUUCUCUAAUAUAUUUGAAAUCAAAUGAACACACGUCUGUCAAACUUUGAAAGUCUGUAGAAGUAUAAUAAGUCUAUAGUUGAAACAAAGUAAUAGAUACUAUCCUGUGGGCUAAGUGGUAAAACUUUUUUAGGCGUUCAUGGUGCCGAAGUAGUAAGUGAAUAACAACGGAGGACAGUGAUCCCGGAUAAUCUGACUGUUUCGCUGGAAUCUUCUUCAGCACAACUGCGAAAGAAUUCAAAUAUGAAACAAUGACCUGUGUACAUGAAAACUAUAUAAACUUCACACAGAAUUGCAGUGUUAUCUAGUAUACUGGUCUUCGUGUCUGUAUUCACUUGUAUAUAUAAACUUGUAUAUAUAAACUUCACACAGAAUUGCAGUGCUAUCUAGUAUACUGGUCUUCGUGUUUGUAUUCACUGAUAUUGUUUGUUGUGUUAAGUGUGCAACACAGGGGUUUGUUCUUUUGUAUUCCUUUAAAUUGGAAGCAAUCCACAGACAGCUUCACCAGCUUCCUUCACUGUUCCAUCCUAGAUUAGCCUAUCAUUGCAGAAUCAUGGGUGUGGGAUGGACUUUGCGGGUAUCUAGUCAUUUGCUUCCUGCCUUGCAAAUACAUCUGUAUGAACAUAAGUGGAGACCUGCUUGAUCAGACCCAAACAUCCACCUAGUUCAAAGUUUCUGCUUCCUCCCCAUGGAGCCCACAAGCAAGGCAUAAAAGGAACAACCCUCUCUUGUUGUUGCUGUCUGGUGACUGGAACUCAGCUUCUCCUGGUUUAGGAAUAGGCACUCAAUUUGUUUGCAUAGAUUUAAAUAUUUGCCGCUUAUGUUCCAGAUUUUGCAGAGCCCUUAGCCAUCCCUGGUUACGGAGGAGCCACUUUUCCUGGGGCAGGUGGAGCAGCAGUUGUUGGGCUGGAUAACCAGCCCCCAGAAGAAAUGGUUGCCAUCAUUACCUCUAUGGGCUUUCAGCGGAAUAUAGCUUUCCAUGCACUACGGGCAACAGUGAGUCGUCCGGCAAAUUAUUUGGGGUCUAUUUUUAGCACAGAUGCAGACGUCCUACACUUCCUCAUCAAAUAUGACUUUCAAAAGCUGGUAUGGUAAAUUAAUGUCAUUAUCCAAAGCAGAAUAAGCCCUUUUGCUGCCAUUAGCAGUGGCAGCAGGACAUUUGACAAAGGAAGACCUUGCGCUCCUUUUCCUUUGGGGAAUUAAGUUUAGGCGGCAUCGUGUUCAUAGGUACUGGUCAGGGGAAAAUCUUGGCUGCAAAAUCUUCUUUGCCAAUAGCUUAUUGAGGGUUGGGAAGCAGCUUUAGGAGGACUGGCUUGAGACUUUUAAAGAGAAGGCAACUCUUUGACCAAUACUCAGAACUUCUCUGUUUGAGGUGCCUAUUUAUUGUUUCUAUAGCACAGCCUUCCUCAACCUGGUACCCUGUCAUUCUUUGUUGCAACGGAUGCUUUCAGAGAUGCUCAUCUUGUGGCGACUCCUCACUGAGGAGCCCCAGUCUCCGGGUUCCCUGGAACUCAUGCUAAAAGUUAGUACACUAGCCAGCAGGUUGAUGCAAAAGGCAUUCUCACCUGGUGAGGAUGGGAAGGAGCUGGAGUGGAAAAUUCAGAAAUGUGCAGUUUGAGUAACAGUGAACUGAAUAAGAGGCUUAUAGAAUCGUAAGGACAAAGUUAUUUGGGCCUGAGAUUGAUGGGCGUGAGCUGACAUAAUUAGAUGAAUGACAUGGAUAAAGUAGACUGUAGCUUGCAAAAGCUGAUGCUGAAUUAAGUUAGCUUGCAUUUUUUAUUACUGCUGCAGCAGUAGCCUGAAGGCUCCAUUCAUUUGUUGCCCUUCCUGGCAUCAUAAUAUUUGUAACACUUGCUCUUCCCGUUAGUUAAGAUAGAGGAUUACUUGCCCAUCUAGGGGAGGGUAUCCUUAGUUUGGUACCAGACCAACACAAUCUGUCCAGACUAUGUGGGUGGAAGUUAAAUAUGACAUAGGAGCAAAUACAGGAUUAUGGCAACCACAUUGGACAGCCUAAUACAGCUGCUCUGCUGAACUGAAGGAGACUCUGCUGAGGCUGUCACUGUCCAUGGUGCUUAAAUCAACUCAGUGAGCUUCAGACAUGUUAAGAAGAAGAAGCCUCUCUGCUGCAGUGGGAAUAUUUCCAUUUGCAGCAGGUUUUGUCCCUCCACCUUUUGUUUGUGUUUCCCAUACAAAGGGAACAAUGCAGGAACAGAUUUUUUAUUUUUGGGAAAAGGCACCCAAGCCACAAUGGUUGUACUGAUGCUGAUGGCUGUUGGCUAUUUUAUCUUCCUAUUGGUUGGCAGAAUAAUAACCUGGAGCAUGCAUUAGACUGGAUCUUCAGUCACCCAGAGCCAGAGGAGGAGAACGAAACGACUUCUGAAACCAUGGACCUAGAGAACCAUGUGAAUGCCAACAUCCUUGCAGAAUCUGAUCCAGAAGGACCCAGGAUCAAAGACGGCUCUGGGCGUAAGUUUCCCAUAGACACUUUGCUUUGGUUGUUCAUAUCUUGUUCCCUUUCCCCAAAUGUAUUUGCUACAAUUAUGAAUCGCUUCUCCACUAUCAACGGAAAUGGUGAUAUACAACCAUGUACAAAAUGCACAAUUAUCAGUCAGUCUUAAAAUGACAAAUAACAAAAUCAAUUCACUGAAAGUGCCAACACAAACUAAAUGGCUAAAGAUCAACAGUAGCAGUAUUAAAACCCCAAACCCUCUCAAGAUACCCUGAAAUGCCUGUCAGAACAGCUAAGUUUUGUCCAACCUUGUAAAGGUCAGCAAGGAAGGAUAGGUUCAUUUGUCUAUUUUAUUCGACAAAUGGGGUUAUUUUGUGCUGCCUGAGUAAGACCAAAAAAAUGCAGACAAGUCAUAUUUAGUCUUUUUUAAGAAUUCUAAUUAUGGCAAACUAAAAACCCUAAACCAGCAAGUUGGCUUUUGAUUUCUACAGACCUCUUCCUGAUGCAAAAAGCGAACGGGAAGAAACAUUUUCAUAAGCACACCUGCAAAUGUACAGUAUUCGUUGUACCGGUGCACUCAUUAAGGAGCCAGGAUUCACUGCAGGCCCCCUGUUGAAUGUAUGUUUGAUGGCAAACCUGGGCUUGUUACUGUGUAAUGUGCGAAACAACUCUUUGGUGUGCAGCAGUCCUUAGGUUUAGCCCCUGGCAACUCUCAUUAAAAUGACUCUGGUGGCAAGGCUGCCUUUGUUUUAAGAUCCCAUAGCCCUAGUUAGACUAGAUAGUGCAAGCUGUGUGGACUAUUGAUUUGAAGCAGCUUUUGAUACAGAUGCCCAGAGGGGGCAGACAUUUCUCUGUGCUGCUUGGACUCAUUUAGACUCACGUCUUCUCCUCGUUUUUAUAUCUGCCUGUAACAAAAGAUAAUCUGCUUCGUUUUUUACCUUGAUGGUCACAGUGAUCCUUGCAGGGGGGGAAAUCUAAAACCAGCCACAGGAUGGAGCUGUUGGACAGCAGCUGAAGAGUACUGAGCAGAAAGAAGUAGACCACAGUCACCUUAGAAAGCCUGGAAGUAGCAAAUAGUGCUUGGCUCUGUUUCUCACGAGGUUUUUGCGGGGCCAUGUGAAUAAUCGGAAUAUGAAAGUGUAUUUUGGGGCAUCGUUAUAAUCAUUUGGUUGGAGCGCAGUGGUGAUAACGCCAAUGUUGCAGGUUCUAUCAGUUUAAAAUAUAUUCAAAAAAACAAGCAAUAAAAUAUAAUAUCAAACAUUUGAACAAUUUCUCAUUAAUUCAAAAUACCAUUAAUCCCAGCAGACAUCUAUAAUCCAGGGAAAGUUAAGUGUGGCUGAGAUUGUGAUAUGGCUCCUCUUUGCGCACGACAAAGUAUCAAAACACAUGGUAGAUAAUCUCAUAUAACAGUUGCUACGCCAGCCCCAUUACAUUUCAGUUUGUUUCUCUGCACAAGCAUGGGGUGUAGAGGGGACAGAGAGACCAUGCCCAGUUUUUACUUCCGGGUGUGUGUUUACAUUAAGCGAAGAACAUGAGAGACUAUCUACAUGCGUAUUCCGUGCUAUUUUCCAGAUGUCUGUUUCAUUUAAAAAUGGAUUUCUUGGGUGGGGGGGCGGAAACAGACAAGCAUAGUAUGUCCCCCUGAAUUCCCUGAGGGAGGGGAAGGUUCAAAAUAUGAGUGAACGAAUGGAUAACUAACAUGAUGCUUGGAAGAUGCGACUGCUGGACUUGGCUUACUAAGGACAUCUCUUCACAUCCCUGCUUCUCAUAUUUGGUAUUUUCCUUGCACAGGAUAUGAACUUUUUGGGUUCAUCAGUCACAUGGGAACAUCUACAAUGAGUGGCCAUUAUGUUUGUCAUCUCAAAAAGGAGGGAAGGUGAGUAGGUGGAACUGUUAGAUAGUAGAAAAUUAGUAAAACUACCAGGAUUGAACAAAGCUCAAAGUGAGCUUGGCACUUUGGUCCUAACCACUUUGUCGUGGAAGCAAAUUCCACUGAAAGGACUAGGGCAGGCUUCCAAGUUUGCAUUGCUGGAUCUACCUGAUCUCUUUCUCCUCCUUUCCACUUGCCUCAAUCCAAUCAUGCUCUUGUCUCCUACGCUCUACUAUUCCCCCUCACAUUCUGUCCUUUCUGGCAAGAUUCACCUGCAUUGAUGUUGGGCCCAUGCUUAUUGGCUUUAAUCCUGCCUAUGAAAUACAGCAUGUGCCAGCAGAUCCCUGGAUGCAGCCUGCAAACCCCAGUUUAUAGCAGAAAAAGAAUCCUAAGAUUUUCAGCAAAUGAUAUUAAAAAGACCAAGAGGUAUCCAGAUUGGGCAGUAAAUUCCUUUGCUGUUUGAGAACUCUCAAGGCUAAUAAUCCAGACAAAAGGAUGCUGGAUAAGGGUAGGAUUCUGACCUACGUGGAGCCCCCCAGGAUUGGGCAUUAAGCCUGAUUUCUCAAUACACUCAUUGCCUUUUUCUUUUUUCUCCCAUCUCUUUGUUUCAGGUGGGUGAUCUACAAUGACCUCAAAGUCUGUGCCUCUGAGCGACCACCCAGGGAGUUGGGGUAUAUUUACUUUUACCGCAGAAUACCGAGUUAGGCCUUAGUAAACGCCCCUUGGCCUUAAGAAGCCAUAAGCCUUUUUAUUCUGCCAAAAAGUCGUUUCAAACAAGCAAAGCCUUUGGACUGCCAAAAGGAGCAAAAAGGAAAACAUUUGGGUAUUGUUUUAUAGCUUAAAAUCAGGAUCAGUCAUUUGAUGCCUUCUUAACACUGUAGUGGAGGAAUUUCUGUUGGGUCACAGCGUGUUCUAGGAUUUUGAAAAAAAAUGUAUACACUUUGUGGCGACCUUAAGGCUGUUCUGAUCACUAGCUGAGAUUGCAACUGGAGAACACGAGACUGCUCUCAAACUCUGAAACACCCACCUUCUUACCUCGCAAGUCAGUUUCGACCCUCAACUGUUACGGAAUCAGUGAUGGUAGCCAAGCCACUGCCUUUGACUGGGGAGUUUACCACCACCCUGAAGGGAAUGUUUGGUGGAAGAUCUGUUUGCCAGCCUGAAAAUGUGGCUUAGUUGUGAUCUCUGCUGUAUCUCCAUGGUUAGAUUUCCUUUUUCCCUUUUCCUUUUUUGAAUAGCACGGUGUUAUCCCAGGAUGGAACGGCCCGGAAUAUGUUGCAGAUGUCAGCGUGUGAAAUCAAGGUUAAUAACUGCAGCCAAGGGAGCUUGCAGUUUGGCCAAACAAACAAAAAAAUGUGGGUGUUCAUUUUUUUGUUUUAAAAAAACGGUGCUUUGGGUGGCUUCAAAACAUACCUUCCAUUUCUAUGCCUUGACCUAGCAAUUGCUGAUGGUUUGAGAACUCGCUUUAUAAGAAAGUGCUCAUUUCACCCAUUUCAGUGGAUCGGUAUGCACAUUUGUGUCUGUGCGUGUGUCUGCUUCUCCCAUUGUGAGAUAAAUGCUCACACAUGCAAAAGCUCUGUGUAGUCCUCAGAGUUCAUGUAGGGCUGUGGAUCAGCAAACUGCAGCUUGGCUGUUCUUCCUCCUCGGUUAUUCAUGCUUUUGCAUAUACUGUUAAGGGAAUCCACUCCAUGGGUCCCCAUGACAAGUAUUCCCAUCCUGCUUCGUAAGGUUUACAAGGGCUCACCUUGUGACUAGCUCUUGCCCCACCUUCUUCCCCUGCCCCGGCAACCAAAGGAACUAGAGUUGCUAGGAUGACAGGAUGGGGGAGAGUCACAUGGUGAGGACAUGCAAAUGUUUGUGGAUCAGUUGGGAAUCCUUUACCACAGAAGAAGACCCCAUCAGGGUUGUAAAAUGUACUGGACCCGAAGUCAGUCUGCUUUGAUUUUCCUUCCAUCUUUAUGCCGCUCUAGUAUUUCCCACAAAAUAUUUUAAAGAUAGGGACCCUUUAUGGAGAAGCUAAAAUAUAUAACCUUCCCUGGCAAUGAUGCUCCCUAGAGGAACCGUGUCUAGCAAAUAUGCAGACAGCCCUGUUCUUCUGGCAUAGCUUGUUUAAUUAUUUAAAAUUUCUUCCCAUGAAAUAGCCUGCUGAUGGAUUGAUUUUUUUUCCCCAUUUUAAAACCAUCAUAUUGACUUGUCAGCAGUUUGCAAAGGAGCCAAGUAUCCCUUUCUAAAAAACCUCCCCACUGCCUCCAAUGUCUUCUUUUCAGUUUCACACUAUUUUCACUGUACUAUUUUAUGGCUUUGCAAGUGUAAAAGGAGUGUGUGUGUAUUUUUGUUUGUUUGUUUGUUUCAAUUCAUUGUGUGAACUCAUGGGCCUGGUAAGUUCUUUUUUAUUACUUUUUUGCCUUUGUUGAACUACUGGAUUGUUAGGGAAUUUGCAAUGGCAAAUAAAGUGGUGCCUGCUGAUUUGGGUCAAGCAAAUGCAGCUGUUACCAUAGAAAACAGCAGACAAACCUGUAUCAAGUAUAAAGCUUCAGUAAAUGACAUACUACUUGCGCAGAAGUUCAGGAGACAUUACAGUGUGUGUGUGUUUGUGUGCGCGUGUGUGUAUACAUGCACAUACACAGAGUUUCUUUAUGGAAAAGUCAGUGUUGUGGCUAUUUAUGCUUGGAGCCAGCAUCAUUUUAGGCACUAGUGAUGCAGCUUAAGACCUUGUAUCUCAGGUUAGAUUCUACAAAUCAGCAGCCAUAAAAGGCAGAAAGAGGCUUUCGAGCCCAACAAAACUGCGAGUGGUGAAUCCAAAGCCUAUAUCUUGGGGCCUAUUCUACCAUCACCACUUUGCUUUAUUUACAGCACUGCUACAGGCAUGUUAGAAUGCUGAUCUGUCUCGCAGCCUAGUCCCAGGCUACCUUCAAUUACAGCUUCUCAAGUCACUAUGAAUGUACCACAAAAUUUGCCGGCUGAUCUGCUGCUAUUUGCUGUUACCUUAGAAUGUGUCACUGGGGGAAUAUUUGUCUAAUUCUGAUGAUUUCUGCAGAGUCUGGAUUUGUCACGUUGUGCUUAUUUAAACAAGGUCUCCUGUGCCUGUGAAAAUUCAGCAAAGGUCUUUCCUCCACCUUGUGGACGUAUAAGGGCUAGUUCAAAGCAGGCGAGAUCUGCUAUGCCAGCAUCCUGUAUCUAAGUGUAAAUAAUGGGAACUCUCAGUGCGUUCCUUCUUCAAUCUGGGAGCCAAUUUCCCAGAAGCAAACUUGUUAAGCUAUCUGCCUGUCUAGAGACUCUGAUCUAAAACAGCUCUCUCUCUCUCUCUCUGUGAAUAUUUAUAUACGAGAGUGAGAGAUGAAUGCAUGCAAAGCACAGUAUCCAAACCAAAAGAACAACAGCCGAGAACAUGGGAAGGCAAACUAAGGCCCAGGGGCCAGAUGCGGCCCAAUCGCCUUCUCAAUGCGGCCCGCAGACGGUCCGGGAAUCAGUGUGUUUUUACAUGAGUAGAAUGUGUCCUUUUAUUUAAAAUGUAUCUCUGGGUUAUUUGUGGGGCAUAGGUAUUCAUUCAUUUUCCCACCUUCAAAAUAUAGUCCGGCCCCCCACAAGGUCUGAGGGACAGUGGACCGGCCCCCUGCUGAAAAAGUUUGCUGACCCCUGGCCGAGAAGCUCAGGCAUUGGUGCUUAAGGUAUUAUCUGGCUCUUUACUAUCAGACAUUUGCUCCCUGCUUCUCCUUCUGGAAUGUUCUUUAGCACAAAGCUCCACACAUAUUUGUGUGCAUGUGCACGAGACAAUUUAAAACAGCAGGGUAGAAAAACUUGACAGAACAGCAUUCAAUGGUAGUUGAGAUAUGGGGGUGGGGUUUGAGAGGGGAGCUGCGUUUUCCUCCAAGUCCUCAACUUCUCCCUCACACAGGCUAUGUUUGGGGUCAGUAAAUAGGCUUGUAUAUCUUGGUGGAAUUUGAAUCUUGGAUGCAGAUAAACUCUGGAUGCAACCUACCAGGUCUUCCUCAUGAGCCCUAUUGAAAUGAAAUGGGAUCAAAAGCACAGAUUAUUAUUAUUAAAUUUGUGUACCACCCUUCAUUCGAAGAUCACAGGGCGGUUCACAGCUUAAAUUCAUUUAACAGAGCUUGCAGAGAGAGGAUUUCGGUGGAUGGUUCCUUCAUUUUACAUCUGGGGCUGUGCACAUAAAGGUUGUGGGCCAACCCAAUUUAGCUUAUUGCUGUGUAAUUACUAAAGUGGGGAGUUCUGACAAUGAAAUAGGUACAUGCAUGACUCUGGAGGAUGAAGGCAAGACUUUGGUUGUAAAAGCACCUCCUUCUCUGUCCAUUGGCAUUUGAGCUAGGAUGAAAGGGCAGUUCGUUCAGCAUGGCAAGUACAUGGUUAUUAGUGAUGGACAGCUGAGGGCACUUGCCUUAAAUCUGGGAUUAAAGCCUAAAGACUCCCAGCUAAAUAUAAACAAUGGGGCUUUUUUUCACCCUCUGGGAAAUUUAGAGAAUUUGGCUAUACUCAUGCUAUACUCUUUUGUACCACUUUAACAUUCAUGACACCCCACCCAAAGAAAGCUGGAAGCUGUUGUGUGUUGUCAACUGUGUCUCUGCGAAGGGACUCAAAACAACUCUCAGCACCCUUAACAAACUACAGGAGAAGUCAUGAAGAAGCUGUGACUGUUGUUGUUGUUUAGUCGUUUAGUCGUGUCUGACUCUUCGUGACCCCCUGGACCAGAGCACGCCAGGCACUUCUGUCUUCCACUGCCUCCCGCAGUUUGGUCAAACUCAUGCUGGUAGCUUCGCGAACACUAUCCAACCAUCUCGCCCUCUGUUGUCCCCUUCUCCUUGUGCCCUCCAUCUUUCCCAACAUCAGGGUCUUUUCCAGGGAGUCUUCUCUUCUCAUGAGGUGGCCAAAGUAUUGGAGCCUCAGCUUCAGGAUCUGUCCUUCCAGUGAGCACUCAGGGCUGAUUUCCUUAAGAAUGGAUAGGUUUGAUCUUCUUCCAGUCCAUGGGACUCUCAAGAGUCUCCUCCAGCACCAUAAUUCAAAAGCAUCAAUUCUUCGGCGAUCAGCCUUUAUAGUCCAGCUUUCACUUCCAUACAUCACUACUGGGGAAACCAUAGCUUGCUGUGACUGUUAAAGUGGUAUAAAUGGGGGGGCAUUAAAUAUAUGGUUUGGAUGUCACCUUAGUUGUCUUCUCUGCUAAAUGGGGUCCCUAGCAGCUCUUCCUCCUGUGUGCAGUUGGCAAGCACAGCAUUUUUUUCACUACUCCAUCGCAUCAUUGAUUUUAUCCCCUCCCUAAAAAGGUGCAAUCCGCUGGGAUGUUUCCCUGCAAGAGCGGCAUUGAAAUGAAUGCGAACAGUACAAGAAGACCCUUUGUGUAUGAAAAAGCCCCAUUGGAUCCUGUACGGAGCCAUACAAUAGGAAUAAGGACCUCUUUGCUUCCACUUUCUAUUAAGUUUGAUAAAAAGACUGCUUCACAUUUCAAAUUCUUCUGCAAAGUUAGUUGUUGUCUUUUAAGAGAAAGAGGAUGAUAAUUUACUUGGAUUAGAAUUCGGUUGACUUUUGUUGUAGAUUUGUAAACCGAGGAAGAAACCCCAAAGUAUUAUUUCCCAUUUGUUUUCACCAUGGUCAACCUGAUGGCUGAUGUCCACAUUUUGAACACCAAUUUGGCAACACUCAAGUGACAAAGAAUCAAAACUUAAUCUUUAUUGGACAUGGGAGCUGGUCUCUUCCCUCCAAUUUGUUCCUUGUCAAUGUUAAUCAUAUGCAAUCUAGGAGAGUUGCUCUUCCUUGCCAACAAACAGUAUGGUGCUAAUAAAUGAGACCUGUGUACCAAAUGUUACACUGGAAUAAGCCAUUGUUAAUGGGGUUAAAUGUCUCCUUGAUUAGCAUCAUCCUGUUUGUUGGCAAAUAAGAGCCAGUUUGUUGAAAUGAUCCAGCAAGUGCACACAUGUAUGAAAAUUACAUCUCCAUGAGUUAUCUUUUCUGGAGGGCAAUCCUGCGAGUGGAACCUUUCAUUCCUGUUGCACAUCAGGGACUCUCCUUUAAAAAAUAUUCCAUGGAUAACUUGCUUCAUGGUAACUUUUCCGCAUUUAAUGCACUGACAAGAUUAGUGUUCAUGCCCCGAGUGCCUGAUGUCAGCUGCGUUAAAAUCCCAUGCUGGUAAACGCUGCUCAGAUUGUGUCCGUCCCACAAAUUACAGUGCUGGCUUAGCGUGACGUGUGAACCACUAUUUGUAUUUUUUUCUCUUUCCAGUCAUGGGAGGAAACCAAGGUUUGUUCUUGCCACCCUGUUGAGGUUUAUAUGGAGGAAAUCAAGCCAUCAACACUGGGCUGGUUUGCAAAUAAUGCUAAGCCAACACUGCUCUGUUUGCAAAGGGAGACGCAGGGCAGGCAGUAUUUGAGCAGCGUGUAACAGCAUGCUGUUGGUUCACAGUAAACCAUGGUUUGUAACUAUGGCUUACUAUUAUGUGUAUGGGGCCCAAGUGACCCCAUGGAAAAAGUUGCAUCUGGUGCAGGAUGAGUUCUAUUGCAGGUACCACUUCAUGGCAGCAGCACCUGUGAGUGUGGUGUUUGGCCCAUAAGUGCCGCGGCACAUUCUUCAAUCAUUGCAGUGGUAACUAUGGAUGUGGCGUAUUUAAAAGUAUCUGAAUCUGCCAUUGUGUUGCAGAUCGGUAAGGCAAACUAUCUUAAACUGUAUCUCCAGUUUAUAUCCUUUGUUUUCCAUCCUUGUGGCAGUUUUGCUAGGUCCCACCCUCCUGAUUUCUGAGGCAUUGAACGACUAUGCAAAUUUAUGGUGGAACUGGCUGUGCCUUUUAAUUUUAAUCUCUUACACACUCCUUCCCUUUUCUGCUUCUCACAUUGGAUCAGAUUACUGUAAGAGACCUGCCCCACCAUUUGAGGUUAACUAUUGUAUCCUGGAAAUGUUUGCAAUUUGGAUGAGUUUUGCACUGUUCCGAAUUGUCGGCGUGAAACGCUAAUCAUCGUUUGAAGAGAAUCUGUCUGCCACGAGAAGGGAUGUGAAUGAGAUGAUUGCAACUGUUUUAAAUUAAAAAAACAAAAAACAAUUUUG